GCUUUGGGAAGGGCAGAGGACAGUAUCCCUUGCAUCUGGCCGCCCAAACAUCAAUCCUGGUAUUGCUGCUGAAAUGAUUCUCUGCUACUGCCCGAUUGUGCAGGCAUGAAUCAAUGGACAGACAAGAAGAUAGUCUUGCCAGACAGACUGUAUCUAGGAUUGGUAGCAGAUACACAGGACUGUCUCAGGUAAAUCCAGAUGUGUGGAGAGCGAGCAUGCUCAUGAAAUAAUCUUGUUGGCUUUUUUUAUAUUUAAGGGAGUUAAAGCAAGCAUCUAGAUAACCGAAAAGGAUAUGUGCUAUUGUAGCCAAUGAUCUCUUAAUCAAUUUCACCAUCAUUGCAAUCCUGUGAACCAUCUGCCCCUUGGGAAUCUGCCAGCAUAUUAAGCAUUAUGUCAGACUGACUUAUCUGGAUGGCCAAGCAGUGGAAGAGCAGAAUGAGAGAACCAAGAUAAGAGGCCUUAACAGCCUAUGUAUUGUAAAUGCAACAGAGGAGAAAUAUUCUGUUUUCUUUCACUUGGCCUGUGCUGUGCUGUUUGCAUCUCUAGUGGGGAGAAUAACUGAAGAGCAUGUGUCCAGAUUUUUUCCUGCAUUUUCUCUACCAUUGCAAGCAGCUUCCAUAUUUUAAGAAGGUUCCCCCCGCUUAUGGUUUACACUUCCGCUUUUGUACUAAGAUGCAUGGAAAUUAAUUUAGCCAAGGACGUGGGAGUGCAAGUCCAGGUAUAUUUCACUAGAUAGCCUUCAUCAAGAGAUACCUAAAUGUCAGAACAUACACACAGAAAUAUAUAAUUAACAUUCUGUUUAAUUAACAUUUUUUGUUUUAACCAUAGUAUGUUAUUUGAUCAUGUUACUUGAAUGUUGGGCUACUGAGGUAUCUGCACAAUAGAUACUGAAAGAAAUUGGUUUAAAUAUUUAUAAUUCUGAUAUACUUCCUUUCAAAAUAUUGUAGUUUUUGAAAUGUUGUAUGAUAUUUUCCAGGCUUAACUAUAUUUUGUCUGCACUUACCCUCCUUAUGCUAUAUUUCUGUAUGUAUAUUCUUCAUUUUAUAUCUCCCAUGAUAAAGGACAUCUUUUAUAUUAUGCCUUUUCCCCUGAUGGGACUCAAGGUGGCUUACAGAUAAAAACAAGAAUCAAUAAAAACAUAGAAAAACAACAACAUAAAAAAACUAUUAAACAUUGAUAGAAUUAAAUCUCCCCCCCUCUCUCUCUCUCUGUGUGUGUGUGUGUGUGUGUGUGUGUGAAAUAUCUAUUUAAAACAUACAGAUAAUUACAAUAAAAACAGCCUAGGACCAGCCCCUCCAUUAAAAGCAGCUCCCAAAAGCCUGGUUGCAACAAGAGUGUCUUUGUCUGCUGGUGGAAGCACAGGAAGGAGGCAGCCAGUGUAGCUUCUCUAGGGAGGAAAUUCCAGAGUCUGGGAGCAGCCACCAAAAAGGCCCUCUCCCACAUCCCCACCAAGCAUGCCUGUGUGAGUGGUGGGACCAAGAAAAGGUCCUAUUUUAACUUGAAAAACAUUGCAGUUCAAUCAAUUACCUCCAAGAUUUUGCAUUUAUUGCUUAACUCUUUGGGCCCAUUGUUGAUUGGGUGCUGCCCUCUUACUGUGCUUUUUCACAUAUGUGAGAAGCAACUAUUAAGGUGGCAGUCCUGUUCCCACUUACCUGGGUAUAUAUAAGCCCCAUUCAACUCAAUGGGACUUAACUUCUCAGUAGACAUGCUUAGGAUUGCACAGAAACUAACCAGACCCACCAAGAAGUGGCUUCUCUGAAUUCAUCCCAUGCUCUUUCUUCAUCUAAAUGCCGCUGUCCUCCUCACUCUUACUUGAAAAAUGCUCCAUUGUGGAGAUAUUCCAGAAUUAUACCUUUAAUGUCCUGCUGCUGUCUGAGAAAUAUGCUAGUGAAGUGGAUGGCAGUUGCAGGAUCCGUAUUCAGUUGCUUUAACUUCAGAAUAAUGGGUCCUUUGUCCUUUGUGUUCGCUUUUUCAAAAAUUGCACUUGCACAAUGGAGGAAAAAAUCCUGCCCAAAAUAAAUUUGACAGUAGCCAAAAAGCUCAGCACUACAAAUUAUUAGCCAUUGUUGAGAAAUCAAACUCCUUUCUGUUGGAAAAUGUGUGUGUGUGUGUGUGUGUGUGUGUGUGUGUGUGUCCUACUGAAUUUCAGUCUUAAGGACUUAUUUCUUUCACGUUCCACAUAUUGAGAAAUGAAACCUGUCAGUGUAAAAUAGGUCAGCACUUGUUCUGCUGCAAGAUAAACCACACUUCAAAGUGAACCAAGCAAACCAUUUUCCUCAGGAGGACCGGGCUGAACUUAUUGGUACUUGGAGAUAGCUUCGUUCUCAGUAAAUUUCUGGGGCAGAGAUUAUUGCUUGUCAAGGCGAAUCUGGAUUUUAGUGGUCAUAUAGCUGGUCAAGAAAACUGCAGGUGAGGCUUGUUUCCAAGGGUUCACCUUGUUUUACAGCAGCGGUGAGCAAUCUUUGGCCCACCAACUGUUGUUGGACUCCAUGUCCCAUCAGUCCCAGUCAGCACGGCCAAUGGUCAGGGAUGUUGUGAGUUGCAGUCCAGUAACACCUAAGGGAGAGUUACAGCGCCUGCUGUGGCUGUAGAGACCAAUAUAGGAGAGACAUGUUUUGUUGCGGCUGUGACAGAUGAAGGCGUCUGGUUGUGCUGUUGUAGGUGUGUCACAGCAUUUAUUCUUUCUGCGCUUCUCCCGGCAGUCAUUCCUCCUCUAGUCGCUGCUGUGGAUGCACAGCUGGACUGAUUGCCUCCAGCCUCUGCAGCCAUCUUCAAGGAAUUCCCACACAGUGGGGUUGAUGCUGCCAGCCUUCAUGUCAUGUAGCUUUCAUGUAGGGUAAAAAACAACAACCUUGAAUUCUACUGCCCCGCAGUUCAGUGCACCAGUACACCAUUAUUACUGUUUAUUUGUUUAUUUAGAUAAACCCUUAUUCUGAGCUUUUACUUGAACUUAGAUUCUGUUUCAGCCUUGAGGGGAGAGGUGGAAUAAGGGUUCCGUUUAGUUUGACACCCUGACUGACAUUUUUUGCUGAAACUACAGAUGUCUAUAGGGCGUGUAUUCUAGAAAUAUGAUAUAGUGGCCAGCAGAAAUCCUUGGUGGCAUAGAGGGUACAUGGUCAGGGGACAAUAGAUGUUAGCAGCGUGACUGCCUGGCCAGUGAUGCAGAAACUUCCUCCAGAUGCAUCUGUCCCUCUCACAACCGUGCACCUGAUCCCGUUGAGCUCCCAACUUCCAAUAUUAUUAAAUGAAACUUCCCUGACAGAAGCCAAGUCCCCUAUUCACAGUCUUCUUACUGUCUAGAUUCAUAGCUGUGUCAGAAUUCAGAAUGUGUAUUUGAAGAUUCCAGCAGCUGCUGUGUAAAUAAAUUAAAGCCGCUGGAGACAAGAACACAAAGCUAGGUGCACAUCCUGCUUCCAUCGCUUGAUGAGUUAACACAAGCUGCCGCAGAGAAGCCUAACCACACAAGCAAUUAAUGCUUUAAAGAUUUACCAGACCCUUCAUUAUCUGGGAAUAAUUUCAACUGAAAUGAGAGAGAACUUUUAUCAGAGAGCUCUUAUAAAGGUAAUGAUUUCCCUGUCCAAGAGACUUGGCUCUUUAUUAACUGAAAGGACCCACGCUAGGAAAUUCUGUGCAGUUACGGAAGAAGGGGGCACUCAUAUUCAAGCCAGCCGGCCAUAUUUAAAACCGCGAUAAGAACACCACCACCAGCAAAUCAAAAUUAAUUUCAAUCUAACCCACAGCUCACUGUGGUAGGCAACACAAUCAUGUGCUAUAUGCUUUAUAUCACAUAUAAUAAAUUGCAGAAAGUCAUUUUUAACAGGAAAUUGGUAGGUCAUAAUAAUCUGAUGUAAUUCAGGAAGAAAGAUUAAAUUAAUGGACUUUCAUAAGCCAACGUGCAUUAUUUCUUAAUAUGAGCAUUACAUUAAAAACAGGUUAAUGAUUUGUUUCCAUAUCUAAGAAAAGUUUAAAAAUAUAGCUUUUCAUUUAAAAAAGAGAGAGCAGAGAAAGUGCAAAGAAAUGUGUCACCUUUAUCAAAGUCUGUUUUAUCUCCCCAUGCUUUGAUGGCUUUGUUCUGCAGUAAAAGGAGCUACUGAAAUCCAAGAAACAGCCUUGCAUGACUGAUUGCAUGCUAGUCUUAUUUCCCUUUUCAUAAUCCAAAUGGUAAAACAAGCCAGUCAUUUAAAAAAUGCAAGAGGAGGAAUGUUCAUGCACCUCUGUUUGUUUAUUGUUUUAGUUAUUCAAUUUAAUGUUCAUCAGAAGUAGAUUUUGCUUAAGAUAUAAUUGGCUGAGAUUAGUCCUGAAAAUGAUCAGCCAGAAUGAGAGAGAGAACGCAAGAGAUGAGCUGUAACCUCAGCUAUGCAAUAUUUCCUAAUUCCUGGGAUGUGCAGUAUUGAAAUCAUCUAAUGGCCCAGCUGUAUGACUGGCAGGUGCCAUUGCUGGACCUUGUUCACAGCCGCCAUCUGUGGUGCGGCAGCACCUGCCAUUGGCAUGGCUGGUUCCAUUGUCUGCCCUUCACUCCAGUCAAGCUUGUUAAGAGCCAUGCAAUGACACUUGUGUGGCAUUGGUGAAAGAUGGCGCCAUUGCAUUCUGAAGGGCCAUUAACAAAACUUUAGGAAAACCACCCACUUCGUAUUUUCGGGGGGAAAUUAUGCUGCAGCUGAAGCUAUGUGGUCAGUGUGGCAUGCAGGGCAAAGUGAUUCAACUAGCUAGCAACCUGUCUUACUUGAAAAUGAAGUUACAUGGUAGCAGGCAGUGUUUGUGGGCUUUUCUAGCUGUUCUGGCUCCAUUCACAGCAGAACCAUGCAAGACCCUGGUGUGCUAAGAGCUGCAGUUCAUUCUCUUGCUUGUGCUGAAAAGUUUGAUUCUUUAGAAUAGGUGUGGGUGGCAAUCUGUCAUUGGACUUCAACUUCCAUCAAUCUUAGUGAGCAUAGUUGUGGGAAUGUUGAGGAAGGCAGGAGAGGAUAUAUUGAUCCAAUAUUUACCCUCCUCACUCACGCUAGUGAGCAAGCAGCAGAGCACAUUCCCUUGCAGAUUGCUGGAAGCAAGUUGAUGAUUUGUUAGAAUCCUUUAAAUUAAGCAAUCCAGUCUGGCUUUUCCAAUCUGGAUUGUUCCUGGUAAAUUUCCCCUUUAUUUCCCUCUUAAAAUAAUAAUAAAACGACAGUCUUCUUUAAAAGUAAUAGUAAAGUUUACUUACAUUCAGUUCACAGCAGUAAUCUGAAGGCAGACUUCAACUUGUGGUUACAGUUACAUUUGUAGAGAAAAGAAGUCUGAACUUCACCUCCAACUUUCUACCUUGCGGCUUCCAUCCUCUGUAAGGAUGAGCCAUGUGCUGGCUAAGAGCCAGAAGAGGAGGCCCAAGAGAGAAGUCAGAAAUGAGAAAAUGGAAAAAGGGAAGAUGGCUGCGUGGCUAGCCCUUUUACAUGGUCAGCUAGGGCCACGCCCAUCUACCUGGUCACACACAGGGGGAGGAGGCACCAGAAUAGGUAUGACAGGAAGUCCUCCCUGUCUGGGGCCACAUCCCCCAGUGUGUCCACUCUAGGCAACAGGAAAAUGUUGUACUUGACUGCUUCAGUGAUGAUACAUCCCACAAUAGUCAAUGGCCAAGGGCAGCAUCUGAAGGCCCACAGGUUCCCCAUCUCUGCACUCGCACUCUCGCUCUUGUUCUCACUGUAGUCUGCCCUUUGAGAAUGCUCAGGAAUGAAGAAAAUGAGAGCACUAAGAAGAGAGCGAGAGAAAGAAGAGAAAGAACUGUAGAAAAUAAACUAACAAAUAAUGUUGUGUUUUUUUAACCUAAUAUCAGAUAUUUCUGGAAGCAAAGAAAAGCUGCUUUUCAAGAGAGAAGAAAACAUUUCCAGGAGAACUUAGCUGUUACUGUCCAAUGUUUCAGAAAUCCUGCCUAAUGGGUCACUAUCAAAAGCCCCUUAUGGUGAUCAUGUGUAGUAUGCUAAAUACUGACAAAGUGAGUCAGAUGGUGGGACCUGAAACAAGCAGUGAGGCACAUGGUUUUCACUAAGUAAUUGAGGCUGAUCAAUCUGCACUAGUUUUUGAACAUCAGAUUUGUAGAUCUCAGCAUUGUGAUAGUUAGGAUGCUGCUUCAGCUGCAUCUACAAAGGGCAUUUAAGUUUGGGCUAUACAAAUAUUUAAAAUGCCCUUAUGCAUGUUUGACUUGCCAUUCUAAAUGCACACACACAAUUGAUGCAGUCAAUCCAUUAAAUCAUUUCUGGGUUAUUUGAUUUAGUACAUCAUCAUCAUCAUUAUUAAAAUGUCUAAACUGUGGUGCUUCGGGCUACAAACACUGUGUUACAAACUCCGCUAACCCGGAACUUGCCCCAGGAUGAGAACGGAAAUUGUGCGCCGGCAGCCCGCCAGCAGUGGAAGGCCCAUUAGCGAAAGCGCGCCUCAAGUUAAGAGUGGUUUCAAGUUAAGAAUGGACCUCUGGAACAAAUUAAGUUCAUAACCCAAGGUACCACUGUACUUCCCUUCAUCUGAGGAUCACAGGGUAGUAUACAUUUUAAAAAUCUGUUGAAGCUUACGCACAUCACUUUUUAUACAUAUGUGUUAUUAUCAGUGUACAUUUUUAUAUGUCCUCUUAAUUUCAGUUGGAGACAGCUAAGCAUGUACAAUCCUUGAUCUUAUUAGCAUUUAAGCAUGUUUAAUUCUGGUUGGUUAAUGCCCUAAUUGAUUUUGCUUCUGCCUUUUCAGCAGUUCUCUCAUAUCAUCAUAAAACUUGAAGGAAUGAAAACACCAGCUAGUUUUAGAAUCCCAUUUUCUACUAUUCACUCCCAAAUGCCAUUCAGUCCAGAUUACAGCAUGCCAACAUCACAGAGCAGGUGUGCUGCCGUACAGCGCCAAAACAGUGAUCCAAGCCAUAUGCUAAAGCAGGGAGGGGGAGGAGAAUGUGUGGUCCUCCAGGGUGACUUGACUACAUCAGCUCUUGACCAUGGGCCCUGGGGCUGACAGGAGUUGGAAUUGACUGGGACUGACAUCAGGAGGGUCAGUUCCCCACCCUUGAGAUAAAGUGAAGUUUGUGAGUGUGUGAGUUAUAGGGUUACUUUUCACCCUCCCAGUAUCUCAAGGCUAUUGAUCAAUGAUUCUCCCUGUUUACCUCCACUCCUGAACUAUUAGGCCUCCCCCUGCAGUUUUGCAUUUUGAAACCUGAGCUUUCCUUUCCGUAACUCCAACAUUCAUACGAUUAGGAUUCUUUCCCCCUGCAUUUAUUUAUUUAUUUGCUUAUCUGCAAGGACUUGGAGCGGGGGGGCAAGGUACCGAUGGGAGAGGAGGGGGAGAUGCGAGCUGAUCCAGGACAAGAUCAAUUACUAUUUUUCAUCUUUGACAAAGUAAUUAAGGCUGUAGUGACUUGUUAAUUCAAUCCGAAUGGCUGCUGUGGUGAUAGAUGCAGAUUUACAAUCAGUUCUGCUUCAGCGUAGGGAAAUGAUUAUCCACUGCAAACAGGAGGCCUGAGAGCAGGGAAUCACUCCAGGGGGACGUGUUUCCUUUUUUAAAGAGACUGCAGGCUGCGCUACAGAGGCAGAAAAAAGCACAUAUGAAGAGAGGGGUGAGAGAGAGAUGCCCUCAUCUUCUCUAACACUCACAUUCACACUUACAUGUACAGUGGGUUGGAAACCAUGUAUGCAAAGGAUUACUGUGCAUACAGCUCUCACAACUGGAUCCCUGAAGCCAAUAUGUGAGAUGAUGUGUGUCCAGCGCCCAAUGCUGGAUUGGGGCCAUGUGCGCCAUGCCAGACAAAUGGUCAGCGCUAUCAGCUUUGACAGGACUUGUUCCUGCAUCCAUUCAUCCCCUCCCCAUCCCAAUCACAGCCAAUAGCACUAGCCUUCUGACUGGUGGGGCUCAGUGUGCAGAGAUACAGAAAUUCCUUAUAGAAUGAAAGCUUGAUCCAUAUACUACAGAGAGUAAAUCCAUAUGGCCAAUCUGGCAAGUUGAGGCUUGAGGGCAGAUUGAGUUUGUCUGUGCAGCAUUCUACCCAAGGGUAAAAUGGUGGUGUUAUUUGCUGCUUCUUGAACACAACACACAUUUAAGCUUUAUUCACACUAUAAAUGUAUAUUGGCUUUAGAUCACUUAAUUGUCAUGGCUUCCCCAAAGGAACCCUAGGAAUCAUAGUAUGGAAAGGGUGCUGAUUACUCUGUUCUCAUUCUGGUUCCCUAGCCCUGCCCCUUUCAUGAUACCAUUAUCAGGACUGUCUUAUAGAAGGAGUGAUUUUUCAACCAGGAUAAGUUUAUAACAUAUAUUCUGAAUGUUUAACCAGAUUUGGGGCAGAUUUACUUCAGUAACUAUUCACCUGUGCCAUGAGCUGGAAAUAUUCUGAACUCACUGCAGGUCCAGCAACCUCAAUACCACAGAGAGUAUGCAAAUCCUUCAGAGAUCUACUCAGCUUAUAUGUCAAGCAUGUAAAUUUACACUGUGACACGAAGUCAUGCAAAUCUACACAAAGUUUGUCAAAUACAAUUAGCUGUUUCUUAAAAGGGCAUUUUGCCAUUAAUUCAUCAAAACAGUGCAUGAUAGCAUGGGUGCCUGUUUCCUAAUUUUACUUCUUACAUAAUCUCUGUAGAAUAAAAUAGACCAUGGCACCCUGUUUUAAACGCCUUUUGAUCAGGCAGCUUUCUAUGUACCACACACUUAGGAAAACACAGCAGAUUUCUGUGUAACCAGUUUGAGGAACAUCAGUGACCGAGUGCACCACAUGGGCUGCCUCAAAGAUGGAACUUCUCAUUUUUGAUGGGAAUGUCGCAGGUCUCAGGAUUUCUGGUAGGUUGUGUAUGCUACAUGCUCAAGUAUGCUGUGCCAAGAGGCCAACAUGGUAACAUGGGUCCAGCGCUAGUCUUUUAAAUCUUUGUUUCGUGGGAGGAAUAAGGCCAUUUGGUUUGAAACUUUGACAACUCACCUCCUUGUUGCAGCUCUCAUGGAAGUUGCACACUUUGGGGGAAGUGACAGGCAGUUUGAUAAAGGGAGGCGGUGUGGCAGGAUAUGGCAGCUAGCAUUGGCUGACAAAUUAACACAGCAAUGCAAACUGUCUGGGGGUGAAAUUGAGUGGGACACUUAUUCUGAAGGCUGGAUGCGCCUACAUUAAUUCUAACCCUAGGGAAUCCAGAUCCAGCCAGCCUGCCAGCCAGCUCAGUGUUCCUUUUGGACAGACACCUUGGUAUAGCUGGAAAUUUAUGCCCUUGGUCAAUGUUGUAUUGUUUAUUCUUUCUACUUACUAGAAGAAAAAAAUGAUGUUAGCUUACAUGGUAGUCAUGGGUCUUUUCUUCUACAGCUGGAUGGGAUGUGCAUGUUUGUGAUCUUAUUCUUACUGUUGAGGUUGCAAUUGUUACUGUCUUUCAAUUCAAGAGAAAAAAGGCGUGGAGAUGUUCAGGGUGUCAGGAGAGGAUAUAUUGUUUAUUAAUAUCCUUCCUAACUUGCAAUAGAAAGUUCCUUUACUUAGCAGAGUUUACAUUCCCCUUCUCACAUACAGCAGAAAGCUGGUUGCAGGCUCGUUAGAACCUCUUACUAUUAUGCAAUUUAAUCUGCCUCAGAUUGAAUUGUAUGUUCCUGGUAAGAUCCCCUUUAAAAAUCCCUCCUAAAAGAAUAAAGACAACACCGUCUUAUUCAUAAGCAAUAAAAAGAAAGUUUACUCAUGAUCAAGCAGAGCACAGUGUGAUCCCUGUAGGCAGGCUUUAGGCUUAAAGAUACAAAUUUAUACUAACAGGUUUAUCCCAUAAGGGAGAUGACCUGGGCGACUGCUUGGCUGGCAGCCAGCAGUUCAUUCCAGGAAGUUCGCAGGACAGAAAAAUGAUGGAAAAGAGAGAGAGUCGCAGCAUGCCUUGGCCUUUUACCGGGUCUGGAAAGGUCACGCCCACCCACUAGUCACAUGCAAGGAAGGAUGCUGCAGGCCAGGAGGAACAGGAAGUUUUGACUGGCUGGACCAAACAUUCCCUUGCAUGUCCACUCUAGGAAAACAAGGAAUGUUGUGUUUGACUGCUCCCUGUGGAUUACAUCCCACAAAAAGAAAGAACCUUUAGUCUGCAACUGAUUUUGCCAGGAAACAUGUUUCUGAUGGAGGGGGGGCUGGCACAUGGGCACUCACAUGAUUGUUUCCAGGGAGGGCAAAGGAAACAAACAAAUAUAACUAGCAUCAACUAACAGAUGUACCAUUAUGGGAAAUCUGGUGAUUCAGUGGUAGAGAGGCCUGGGUAGAUCUGGCCUCUGACAAGCUUGCAAUCCAGAUUCAUCCUUCCACUGUUUUGCCAUAGGUAGAACUGCUGUAUAUCUGUGGGUAGCCCUAGCAUCCAGACAAUAUUUAAAACUUAUUGCAUUUAUAUCCCUUUUUUAUUAUUCAAUGAGUUUAAGAUGGUAUACUGCAGAUGGUUCUCCCCUCCCUCAUUUAAUCCUCACAACCUUGCGACUACUGAAACCCUCAGUCCGUUCUCUGGCAUCCUUCACUCCCUCCCCCCUUAAUUAAUUGCAGAUAUCUGGAAUUUUAACAUAAAAACAAAAGGUAGAGUCAAAGGAAGGAGUGCUUUCUAACAAGGGUAUAUGGAAAAGGGUCUUCCUGAAUGCUGGAGAAGAAUUGUAUAUUUAACCUUAGGAAGUGUGAUGUCUGAGUUCCAUGCAUUUCAAGUCUCCAGGUCAAAUUCUUACUCUUAUUUCAAAUAUGUUCUCUUAAAUAGGCCUCCCAGUGUGGUUUCCCAUCCAGGUACAUUAUCAUAUUCACCCAGUUUCAGGAAGGCUGCAGCAUCAAGGUUCCAAUUCUGGGCCCAAAUUCUGGGAAUUCUAAAGGCACAAAAAAAUGAAAACAUUGAACAUCAGCCAAAUAGACAUUGAAGGCAGGGAUUGAUUUUUAUUAUUAUUAUUUGCUGCCUCUUUUCUUCUAAGGAGGAUCUGACCCUCUUCAUGUCAUCAAAACAGAAGAAGCGCCCAUCUCUUCCAGCAAGCUGCUUCCCAUGGUGGCCAACUUUCAGUCAGAAUUUCUAUAAGCAGUCUGUACAGGGUUGCCUUCACAGCACAAAGCCACUGCUGCUUCGUUGGCCAACUUCCCAUGCUCCUUCUUGCUCCCUGUUAACAAAGAGGAAAGAAAUGCCAGCAGUCUUGGUGCAGAUCUGCCAUAAGUGUGUGGAGGGAUUUUUUUUAAGCGAGGUAGACUAUAUGGAGAGGUAGUCCACCCGCUUCCCACUCAUUUCCAGGCCAGGACCCUUUCAAGCUGGCACGGAGAUCUAUCUAGCCCUGCAAUAAAAAAAGAAAACCGUCCAUCCCACGAGGGUUAAAAAAAAUAAAUAGCCCCCCUCCACCUCUUUCCCCCUUUUCUUCCUCAUGUCUCAACAAAUGAAACUGGUUUGUAACAAUGUUACAUGGAAAAAAAAUACGAGAGAGACAUUGCACACACUUUUGUAAAUAAAAAAAAUAUUUAAUAAAAAAAGGUGGAAAUUGACACUUUGUAGCUGGGACGCAGAGUUUACUAGAAACUGGCCCUCUAGCCGCCGUCUCCCCUUCUCCCACUUCUACCCGCCUCCACUGCACCAAAGAGCAUGUACAGAUUGCUCUCUCCUCUUCGAGGCGCAACUGCGGCUGUGGCGAGGGGUGUAAGGGGAAAGGCUCCAGUCCUGGUUUUGCUGCUCCCCUGUGUAUCGGAUGGGCUCGUGCAGACCUAGACGCCUCCUUCGGUGGUAGCAAAACAGCACGACUUUGGCUCGCUUUUGUUUGCAGGAAUUUACGCCGUGCGCUUCAAACUUCAAGUGCUUCGGUUUAAAUCCGCAGGAUUCUGAGUCACUGAUGCGCCAGUCCCUAAAUCUCUGCUGCUGCUCCUCCUCCUCCUCUAACUCCCGUUGCGGACAGUCCCGCUCGUGAACUUGACUGGAAAGAGGCAAAUCCCAGAUAGGCAGCCCUCUUCGCUCUGCAGCAACGCGGAAACAAAAGGCUCCCUGGACGCAGGAGGCGCUUUGAGCACAGACCAAGCGCUGAGAGUCCUUCUUGCCGCGGUCUUUGCUCUGAAACUCCUCUCUGCAGCGGGCUGGGAUGACGCGAGUUCCAGGCCCCCCUCGGCAACGCAGUUGCCCGCCCUUCUUGCCCUCAAAAGGAAGAAAGGUUUAAAUAAAGAGGGAGGGGGAAGCUGAUGAGCAACGGGCAAAGGUUGUGGAGAGUUAAAGAAGGGGAGGGAGCGCUUACCAGGUUUAGCUAUUUAUAACAUCCCUUCAAAUCAAGAAGAUCAAUGAGUACGAAAUUGUUGGCGCCUGAUGUCCGCUUUAUUAAAUAUGACGCAAAUAGACGCGCAUUGGACCACCUUAGAGAGUGGUGAGAAAGGGGCUUGGGAUACUCCCCGUUAACUCUUCCUCGUGUAGAAAAUAAUCUGAUGAAUAAUACACUGGAUAUCUCCGCACAAAUGAGAGCUAAUUAGAUUACACUGGAGACAAAAUGAAUCUAUUUCCAUCUACAUUUCUUUAAGCGCUACAACCAUUCCUUGCUUUGGUUCUCUUGUGGAACCAGCGCAUUGUAGUUGGGUGAGUUUGGGCGCUGCGAAGAUUAGUUUUGAGAAUACAGAGAGAGGGGAGGCUCGGGGGUGUAAUUUAACCACUACCGAGAUCUUCUUGCAUAGGAAAACUAGCUCUAUAUUAUUCUUCAGCCAACUUCUAAUGACGUUAAUGGACUUGUUUGACUUCGGUAAAAGUGUGUGAGAGAGGGGCGGGAGGAAGCUCUGAAAAGUUAAAUGUUAGGAGCUUGGAAAGCACCCUGUAACUCUCUUCCUAGUUCACUUAGUUAAUCACCCUUUUGCAAUUAUGUGAAUUUCCACUUCCAAUUCAUCGACGAGGCUAACAAAAUUCUGCUAGUGUGUUUUUCACUGGAGACAAAGAUGUCCGGUUGUUGUUACUACUUUAUUGUUCCACUUUCAAAUUUAAUAAAUUAACAGUGCGCUAAAAUGGCCAGAAAUUUAUGAGCAGAUUCCUGUAGUUCGAACCCUACCUUAUUUAUUGAAGUCUCCUGCUUCGGACAGUGAAACUGUGACAAACAACACUAGUCCUUUAAGAUGGAUGGUUUGUCUCUUUUAAUUUAGUUCAUAUAUUUUAAAGGGAUUACUCUAAUUUUUUUGGGGGGGGUGUCUGGGUGACACCAAGAGUAAAAAAAAAACCUCUGUUCUGUAACCCACAGCUGUAUCUGCAAUUGAAUUGAAACCUUGGGUACGAUUCAGCUACAGCUUGGUGCUUUUAAAUGGCGUUGAUUUCAAUAGGAUAGCUAAGCUAUCAACAGCGUGUCUACUCAGAGGCAAAUAACAUUGGAUUCAAUGGGACUUACUCCUGCUGAAAGCUGAAGUCCUAUGCACUCUUACCUAGAAGUAAGCCCCACUGAACGCACUUCUGAGUAAGUACAAGACUGCGCUGUAAGAAACGCAGUAAGGAAAACAUUUCAAAGCAAGAUACAAAUUAUUUUAUUUAUGUUCUGAUAAAUACUCCCACCGCCACUGGUGUAUAUGCGUUGGCGGGCCACAUCUUUCUUCAUUUUUUUUUAAAAUCGUAUAUUUUGAUUCACGAUUUUUAUUUUAUUUUAAGCACACAGCAGUGCCUUCGGAAAUAAGUCCUACUGUUCAGUGCGGUUGAGUCUCAAGUGUGCCUCAAUUCCUAAAGCGUGCCUGACUCCUAAAAGGCCAAGAGAGCUGCCGGCCCAACUUUUUAGUAGCAUACCUGCUGCUGCAGCUCUGAGAUAAUGUGGGUUAAUAGUUUGCUAAUGUCUUCAGUUCUAAUCCGUGCUAGACAUCUGAAGGGCAUCGAACGAAGCAGGACAUUGCUUGUAUUCUUAAACUGCAAGUGUGCAUUUCAUAAUUUUAUACACAGAGAUACAUAAAAGGCGGGUGAAAUAUUCUUUUCCACAAUGUGCACAAGGCCACUAUACAUACGUACAUAUACGUUCAAAAUUCACGCUGAUCCUAAAUGCGUUUGCUUGAAAUAAUGCUGCAUUGAUUUUAAGGGAAAUUGUUUCCUCAUAAGAGUGACUGGUUAGGAUCGCAGCAUGUACCCUGUAUUGUCCAGUUUGGGAAGCGUGCAAAAAUUAUAAUCGUGUUCCUUUUACGGCUGCUGUUCUGUAACUAAAGCUUUUACUUACACAUCGAAGCUACAUGGGAAACAAUGAGCCAGAGCUGCUUAGAGAAUCUCGGGAAUUCUCUAGGAUGCGCAGAGUUGUCCAAAGGGCGCUUCAACUUUGCGCACGAAGAUUGGAUCCAACAGUUCCUCCUUACCUGCUCAACCUCAAGCAUUUUUUAAACGCAUCAAAUAUGCUCGGCAUGUCUUUUUCUCUUCACCCCACUGCCCUAAAGAUGACCUCGAUGGAUAUUAACACAUUGCUGAGCUGCUUGGGUUGAUUUCGUCUGUGUUAUGUCUCCCGUUGCGUUUUGUGGAAAGAAGUCGGGAGAGGGGAGUUUCCUCCCCUUUCCUGAAGAUCUGUUACAUUAAAUCAAAACUGCUGCCCUGGCCAGCCUGCAGCUGAAAGGCAGAGAGAAGAAGGCUCACGGGCUGAAGCGUCUAAAAAAAAAGUCCAAAGACGUGGUGGAAUGGGGUGUGUCCAUUGCAGAGGUUCUGGCUUGAAGCGUAAGGAGACGUAGAGCGGUGCUCGCAGGAGGGAGGCGGAGGCGGGGAGGUCUUUCGCGGCUCGCGUUUGUGCUUUGGGUGCAAUAGGACGUGUUCCUCACAUGUUCUUUUUCUAAUUACCAGCAAGAAAGUUCUGCUUUCGUUGGGCUUGGCUUAUUCAGCAUAUCCCCCCUCCCCAAUGAGUCACACCGAACACGUAAUCUCAACCGCUGCCUGAGUGACAGCGAGCCGGCGCGCAGGCUUCUUGUUGUCCCUUUAAAAUCCGAAUCCAAGGGUAAUGAUUUAUCAAGCUCGUAUUAUCAAGAAAAUGUCAUACGAAGGGCACCUUGCUAUGCACUGACGCAAACCCAGUCUUUCCCACGGAGGUAUAGAAAGCUUUGGUCUUGCCGGAGCAAAACCCAGUCUACCCAUUUUGCCUGUGCUGCUGUUUUUACCUCUGCGGGUUCUAUCUGAUGCUACUUUAGACAUGGUAAGUGAUGGUGCUCUGGGUUUCCCCCCUCUCUUUUCUGUUUCUUUUGGGAAUGUUUAGGCUGCGGGGGAAUUGUAUUUUACUCUUAAAAUGAAAAGUGGCUGCAUAUUAAGUUUGGGGAUGUGGUUCAGCCUGCAGCCCUGAAUACACUAACUUGAAAGUGAGCCCCACUGUACAAAGUGGAAGAUGCUUCUGAGUGGAACAUACAUAAGCAGCGCACUGUUAGACUUGGGAAAGUGUCGACUGCAGUGGGGAGGGGACGAGUGGAGGCGUUGGCACUGUCCAGGGUCCUGAACGUCCACAUUCCUGUGUAGAGAGCGUUCCGCAUUCCUCUAUAUACUAAAGCGGCAGUGGGAAGGAAAAGUGGGGAGGACAUGCAAAAAUGUGGAUGUAUUUCAGUGCAAGAGUAAAAUUUGCUCUCUUUACUGAAGUUCUGAAGCUACAGUUAUUAAUUAUGAGCGUUUUGAGGGUUCUCGACCCUGAAAUCCAAAUGCGGACAAGAAACUGCCUACGUGUUUGCUUUUCAGCGUCGUAAAGGGUUAUUCUUUUAAGGGCAGCAAAAUAUGACUUUCUAAAGUUGUGUGAUUUUAGUUAGCACCGUUGUUUAUUAUAACACACACCUUCAAAAGGAUUAAGAGAUGUAAAAAGAGAUGUAAAAAGUUAAAACACAGGCUGGAAGAAUGUGGCCAAUAUUUAAUACUGGUACAGUACAGACGUCUUAAAUAUUAGCAAUUUAAUACUAUACAUGCCUACUCAGCCAUUUUGUGUUAACUGAGACUUACUCCCAAGUAUAGUAUAGUAUAGUAUAGUAUAGUAUAGUAUAGUAUGAAUUGCGGCCUAAAAAAUAAACCUCUGGAUUUUCCUGUGCUGAAUGAGAAAUAAAUCCCAUUUACUUCUGAGUAAUAUGCUGAGGGUUGGAAUUUCAGAAAAUACAGUUUAGCAUUUGUUGUAAUAGAUAAUGUGCCUUUAACGCUUCUUGCAGACCUUUUCUUUUUUCCACCAUUAGACUAAAUUAUUGAGAAAAAUCAUUACUGAGGGAAUAUAGGAACCAAUAUUAUUGAGUUUCGCUAUGUCUCGCUAGCUGCAUCGAAGGCAGAAUGCCGACCUCCCCCCCAAUCCAAAGCUAGUGUGCAUUGCUGAAUGACAGAAAGGAAAUGGGGCGUAAAAUUAAAGAAUCUUUCUACAAUGGUGCUAGGAGAAAAGAGCAUCCGACAGUCGUGAUGAGAAAAUCAAGGAGGUUUGCAAGCAGAGAGCUGGAAGCGAUAUUGCAUCUAUCUAAUACUGGAAUCUGAGGGCGCCGAUGCAGUUCUAGCUUACAGUAUGAAGAUUAGCGAGGGGAGGGCUGCCUAAACCGAAUCUGCUGCGACGCCUUCGCGAUUUUCUUUAGCAGUGCAACCACAAUACAAACACUUUAUGUCAGGGACGGGCCCCUUGUCCUGUGGCAGGUCCGCUUUUGCUUCACUCUUUUCAAUGUGCCUCUGCUCUUUCAGGAUUACGCCAGUCAAAAGGAGAUGAGCAAACAGCUGGUGAACAGCCCCGAGUCAGCCGCCUCUGGGCCACUGGAAAGCGCCGGCAUGAUAAGGAACAGCCCCGAGGCGGAGCACCCGCAGAACCUGCCGUCCCAAGUCCCGUCCCAGCUGGCCAAAGUCGCCACCGCUCUCUCCAGCGACAACAAAACUUUGCCACCCGACGAAGCCAAGGCAAAUGAUUCCGAGAGGACCAAAGUUGGCAUCUGCAAACUCGCCCCCGUGCAAGACUCUAUAGACCCUUUCCCUCUCAAGAACGCCCCCAGCGCAGGGAACACCCUCCAGGCCCACAUUGCCCCUUGCAAAAUCCCCCCGUUGCAAAGCACAGACGGGGAAGCUAAUCAAAGUAUUGGUAAGAGCACACUGGAGCAAAACAAUGCCAAGGGCGCUUGGGUGAACAUGAGCCAGAGCACCGUGGUCUUGGGCACAGAUGGGAUCACGUCUGUUCUCCCUGGCCGUGCGGUCACUGAGGUAAGUCGUUUCCCCCUGUUACUGCCUUCUCUUUCUCUCUUUCUCUCUUUCUUUCUCUCUUUCUUUCUCUCUUUCUCUCUCCUCUCCGUCUCUUCCCCACCCCAUGCCUUUUCGGAUCUAACACAAGUGGUUUGAACAUAGGCGGAUGUCCACCAAUGCCACUUCCCACGCAAAAUGCAUCCCUAAUAGAAACUUCGGGUAUACUAAAUCAGAUCUAGGCUUGGCAGUGAGCGAUCUUGAAAGUAGUCCUCCUCCUGCGUGCAGUAGAAAGAAGGAAAACGAGGGUCUGGAAAUGAUGACAAUGAUGAACUAGUUAUUCUUCUCUCUUAAGCACACAGACUCGAAAUAACUCUUCUCUCUCCUUCCUGGGGCUCAGGCACCAAUUAGGAGAAGGCAAGUGGAUCUCCUCCAACAGAUCAUAAAAUGUGGCCAUUAUUGGACACUGGAGCGCGAAAAGGGAAAUCGAUCUAUAAGGCGAAAUAGAAAUUAGCUAAAAUGUUUCCCUGUUGCUUACCUGGGAGUAAGUCUAUUGAACAGGCUGGACUUAAUUCCGAGUAAACAUCCUGAGACUGACUCUGCGUAACCACCCUGUUCAACGCACAUAUAUUUCCUUCCAAUCAACUGCGCAAAAAGUCAUUCAGUAUUGGCCUGAGUCUGGGAGGGAAACUGACACGCAAAAGCAAACAAAUAUGAGUAUUUAUUAAUUUCUUAGCCGACCCAUUCUCAAGGUUUUGGUGGGCAAUGACAAUUGUAAAACACACGGGCGUAUGUAUAUUUCCACCUACUUCUGUGAUUAUGUCUCUCUAGCUAGCUUGGCAGAGAGAAACCAUAACAAAAAAGGAUUAAGUCCCAUUGGCCUCUUGUCGUUUGCUGCGGCGGGACCUGCCACCUCCAAUCGAAAAAUACUCAUUACCUUGCACCGCUUUGUCUGAGCGCCAUUCAUAGCUGAUUAACCUAAUUAACCCGAUCUCUUUCUCUUUCUCUGGCACGUGCGCGAGAAGAGUCCCCCUCCCCCUCAGAGGAGCAUUUGUAGCUGCGACUCCAGUUUGCCAAAGUUCACUCUUCCUUCCCGGCUCUGAGCGUCCCCAGCGCCGCUGUCCAAAAGGGACCCUUGGGGAGCGCUCUUGCCUGUCGAGCAAACGGGGAAGGCAAUCAAAGCGAACAACAAAAAACCACCCAAGCAAAGAGCCAACCGUAGCAGGCCCUCUGCUCGAAGCCCCACCGGGCCCGGGCUCUGUGAUCAAUCACUCCAUCUCAGACAGUUCAAUCGUCACUCGGGGUCAGUGAGCAAGUCCCGGGCACUGCGGUGUGAUGUAGAAAUGGGGCCGGGCUGGUGAAAGCGCGCACCUGGUACCCUGGCAAGACAGUGGCCUCUGCUAAGAAACAGAGGCGUCCACGGCUAGAGGCAGCGCUGUCUUUCUCCGCUCUGAAGGGGUUGGUGCGGAGUAGAGCAUGCUGCGCCCUCCCGUCCGCAUUCACACAAUCCGCAGCAGCGCAUCUAUAGUCUCGGUUAAGGUGUCCGUUUAACUGCUUUUCUGGUCGUGAGGACAGCAUCCUACUGCUCCCUCGUGAGCAGUACAAGUGCAAAGACAUCAGAUUAUGUGGUUGGCUCCCCGUGGGCUUAAGAUGUGCAGUUAAGGCAUGUACAUUAUUGUGGUUUGCAAAACCGGAUUUGACUGUACAUUAUAACCAGUGAAGGUUACGACUGAAGUUUCGCGUGAGAAGCUAUCAAACGCAAAUGUGUUCACUUUUCAAAAUGCUGUUAUCACAUGCUCUCGAGUGAAGGACAGAUAUAUCCGCCCACUUAGCACAAUUAAGUUUCAUCACUACGAUUUAAAACGAUCCAAGUGUCAGUACUCAGAGGAACUACAUUGGGUUACGUUUCAGAAAUUCCGCUGAGUUAGAUCGAGAUGGUUCAUUUGUGGGCUCAGCUGCAUGUGGUGGACCACGUUGCCUAAGCAGCGAGCAAAUCUGAAGAUUCAGUCCCCGCGGUGCAUUUUUUGUUUAUUCUUGCGAUUUGAUUCCUGCUACCCACGAGAAACUGGGUAUUUUAAUCCGUUUCCGGAUAAUCUACAGUUUGACACAGUGUCCUCUUUGCCCUCCCUACAAUGUAAACUGGUGUCCAUCUAAAGAAAAAAGGAACUGAGUUCGUACACUUUUAAAAUUAAAUUUAUCUUCCGCUUUUCCUCCAAGCACCUCAAGUUGGCGUAUUUGCUUCUUUCCCUCUCUAUUUUCUCCUCACAGAGCAACCCUGUGAGGUUAGUUUGGAGCGAUAAUGUUCGGCCCAAGGUCAGGGAUUCGAAGCCUGGUCUUCCCAGAUCGAAGCCGGACGCUCUAACCCCGUGGUUCCCAACAUGGGGCACACGCUCCACAGGGGGGCAAUUUGAUUUUUAAGGGGGGCAACGAGAUUGUUUAGACCAAGUUAAUGGCUUUCUCCACGUGAAUAGGAGUUCACUUUUUGAAUAAUAAGAAUUAUAGGGGGGGGGGCAAUCAAGAUUUUAGAGAUGCUUAGGUGGGGCAUGGCCAAAAAAUGUUGGGAACCACUGCUCUAACCACUACAGCACACCACACCGGCUCCAGUUAAGCUCAAGCCAAGGAAUCAUUCGCCCUCAGUCGCGGCGGAGUUUACAUUUCAGGGCCGCAACUUUUAUUACAUCUGAUCUAUUUGAUUUCGACAAUCGGCGCACCGCUUGAUCACACUGUAUCUGUUGUGUUCGUGGGAGGGGAGCAGGAUCGUGUCCGUGGGGAAGAGAACCUUCAUCCUUUCUCCCCGCAGUCCCGAUUAACCGCUGGGCUCAAGGACACCAAUUUGAACAAAAUAUUGGCGAGGGGGGAGGUAGGCCCGGCCCCACAUAAUCGAUCAUAUGACACGGUGCGCGCACAGUAUUUGAAUGGCAAAUGCCCAUCAACUUAGGGAAGCAGCCCCACCCCCCAAUAUUUAACGGGGGCGAAGAUCCCUCGCCUCGGCCCUGAGGAGUUGCCUGUUCGUCCAGAAAGGGAAACUUUCAGCCCUUCAGUGACAGAGGGACUAUGCCUUGCGGACAGGGCACAUCCCAGGCCCUGGGGCGGCGUAGGCCUGGAAGAAGACAAUGGCGGCCACUCAGCCCUGGCGGGCCGAACCAAAGGCCAGCGCGCAGGUCGUGCGUCAUGACGCGGUUGCUGCUGUAGCCCAGCGAAGCUGAGGAAGCCUGAAUCUCCUCCUCCUUCUCCUCCGGACAGACUUUUCUUAGGACUUCGGGACCCUCCUCAGCGGCGCGCGCGCGCGCGUGUGGCGAGUUUAGUUAGGCUGAACUUCCAUCACCUCGCGCGCUCCCGUUCGGGUUCACCAAGCCCCGAGUUGGGUCUGGUAGCGUCGCCAGUGCCUUCAAGUGGUCUUCAGGAGGACAUUCCCCCCGAAAAAUGCUUUGCCUCCUCCCCUCGGCCGAGCCCCUCCACCGAAGCGUCGUCCCUGUGUAUGACUGAAGCUGUGUGGCCCCAGACCAGCUCCAAACCGGCGCUUCUCCUCGCCAGAGGCCUCUUUUCCCGCUUUCUUUAGCUCUUCAGUAAGUUCAAGCGCCUCUCUCUCUCUCUCUCUCUCUCUCACACACACACACACACACACAGCCCCAUUCCCGCCUCGCUGCUCUUCUUUCCCUAAGCAGUGACUGGAGGGAGAAUGGACCGUGUGGUAACUGGGGGUUGAGGGAUGGCAAACGACCAGGGGGACAGUUCACGCGCCCCGGGCAAAUGCUCCCAAAAGCGCUGUGCGCAGCAGACAGCCGGCGCGAGUCAUUACGGCGCCAGCUCGCCUCUCCCAAUCGCUUACUGCUUAACUCAGCCACAUGAAGCCUUGAAGUGGGUCCCUCGGCGCAUCUCGGUCUCGCCUUAGGCACUGUCAGGUUUUCCGCUUUUGUUCUAAACUUCUUCCCAUUCCUGCCCCGAUUAAAAGGGUGAUGAUGCGCGCCAGGCCCAGGGCAUGUUUGCUCCAAAUACCACUGGAGUUUGCCUUCCACAUUCACUCGUGGGGGUGCAGGCAGGGAAGCUGGCCAGGGAUCUUCUUAUGACCUCAAACUCGGAGGAGGACGUGAUCAGAAGUCACUGUUAAGCUCUCAUCGAUUUCAACAAGGAGAAAUUUAAACACAUACAUAACUCUGCCAAUGGGACUUAAAAGUGCCUGGGGCUUUCUCUUGUUUUGUGACAGAGCCAACUGCAGAUCAGCGAGUCCUAAGAUCCCCAGCGAAGUACCUGUGUGAGUGAAUCACCUCUAACUUUCCUAGAGGACAUUUUCAGUUCAUUCUUUCCCCACGCCACGAUUAAAUGCUGUAGCUCUCAAGGGUCCCCUAAACAUAAGACCUCUGUAUUUUCUUGCUCCAAUAGACGCUGCAAUUUAUGUUUAUGGUAUGGACUGAUGAAUAAUAAUAAUAAUAAUAAUAAUCUAUUAUUAUGUAUAUAAUUAUCAAACCAAUUACUACUGCAACUACUGCGGUACAGUUUGCUUAGGGAUGGCAGCUCAGACAUUCCGCAUGUGAACUCGUUGUGUGCUAUCGCGUCGAUGUAAUUGUGUUUUUGUUUCUGUCUCCCUCCAGCCGGAGGAGGAGGAUGAAGGGGACGAAAAUAAAGCCCGGGGAAACUGGUCUAGCAAGCUGGACUUCAUCCUCUCCAUGGUGGGUUAUGCAGUAGGGCUGGGCAAUGUCUGGAGGUUCCCGUACCUGGCCUUUAAGAAUGGGGGAGGUAUGGAUUUUCCUCUCUUUUUACACCCUGCAGCUCAGAAAGGGGUAACGCUGGGGCCUUUGAUCCACCAGCCGGGUUAAACGGAGCGCUGAGCUUGAACGUAAACUGCUUCCUCAGUCAGCUUAAAUUCGAGCUUCCCCACUCCCUCUGGUUUCUGGAUCGGGCUUUCAGCCAGUGCCUUAGAAGCAAAGGGGUGGGUGCUGCUGAUGGCGAGGGGGAAAGGGGCGGGGCAGGGGGCGGGGUCAGAAGCUGUCCAUCGUCGGAAACCCGCAAGCCCUGUUCUAGAAAACCGGAGCAGCCAGAGAAAUCGAUGCCCCUGGGUUUAAAAGCGUGACUAUCUCUUGAUCUUGGUGUUCAUAGGAAAGGUUACUUCACCUUAUGUUAGAAGUACCCAUUAAGCACCCCAUAUCACGCCCCUAUCCUAUAAUCUGCGUGAAAAAUGAACAAAAUAGACUUCAAGGCAUGUCUGCGGGUGAAGUAAAUUCUAAUCCGCAUUAGUAACCCGAAGUAAGGUCUUUAUUCCACCCGAUGCGGACGACAAGUGUGCGAUUCUAUGUUAUCAGUUAAAAGCAAAUCGUUUGGUUUAAGGUCUGCAGUGAAGCUCCGCCGCCGCCACUGCUGAAACUGACCUUGGCGAAACCUAACAGAAUGUACAGUAUACAUAAACAAAACAUAAAAGGACUGAAUGAGUCCUGGAUGGAUCUCUUUUGAAACGAUGACAUCUGCUUCCAAAUAUGCAUGCUUAGGAUCGGCUGCGAUCUUCCAGCUGUGCACCCAGCUGAGCUCAGAGAGACUUGCUUCUGAGUAAACAAGCGUUGGAGAUCUCCCAACCUUUUAUUCUUCCAAAUGUUUCGGGGUGACUACCUCGAAGUAAAGGGAGCGAGGCAAUCAUUUCAAAGAGCAAAGCAAGCGAGAGCAGAUUUUCGCAGCAAAUCCUUCGGAAAGAGUCUGCAUGCAGGUGAUCAUGGUUGCAAUUCGACGCAGUCAUUCAGAAACCAGCCCUCUUGAACUAAUGGGACCCUUUGGGCCCAAACUGCACGUUAGAGGUGCAAGGUCUCCCGACGCCCCCUUUAAACUGAAAUGCAUCAAGGGGGGGCUGCCAAUUUGAGCGGAGGGGGCGGAGAAGUGUCUGCUGCCUUAGCCCUUUCCCUUCCGACUAUUUGUUCCCCCCAAAUUGUCCUCCCCAAACAGCUUUUCUUCCUUCUUUUGGGAACUUCAAAAUAAACAGGCAAUGGAUUAGGGACUAGAGUCUGGAAAGUGAAGAGACAGUAAAGCUUUCUACCGACCUCUCUGAAAAAUAAAAUAAAAUAUAGUUGAUACGGCAAUCAAGCCCUGAAAAACUGCGUGAGAAUUGUUACCAGUCCCGUCCACCGAACCUUCUUGCUUUAUGGAAAACAAACAAACCCUAAUUUGGAAAUAUUUUCCCACCAGUUGUGACUACAGUAAAAGGGGGGGGGCAACAUCCAAACUGGGAAACCACAAAGAUAAAAAUAUUUUCAUUUAUUAGAAUUAGACAACGCCUAAACCAAAAUGAUUCCCCCCCCGUUCAGAAAUGAAAGAGAUGUAACAUACCUCUCACAAUCACAAACGAAAAUAGUAGAAUGUGCAUUUAAAACAAUCCAGCUUUCUCAUAGUACAUUAUUGCCAUUAAUCUCGACGUUGCUUUAAUUACUAUCGGAGUUUGGCGAUUUCCUUUCCAACCCGUAUAUUACAUACAGAGAGUACAAGACCAGCCUUACAGAUAUUAGAAUUUCAUGAGCGAAAAAGUGCAUAUAUUUUUCCCGCUCUGAUUAAUUGGACUAAGCCUAAACGGCAAUUCCUCACCUUCUGCUGAACGCUGCAUGUUAACAUAUUUUUCUCAUUUGUAUGUCUCGGUGUAGUCAGUACACCCAACACCACAAAAGUCACCUUUCUUAGGAAGAUAGGAAGCUGCCACAUACUGAGUCUAAACCAUUGGCCUAUCUAACUCAGUAUUGUCUACACUGACUGGUAGCAGCAACCCAGGAGUUCAGGCGGGGUUUCCUCCCAGCCCCACCUGGAGAUGCCGAGGCUUGAACGUGGGACCUCUGCAUACGAAGCAGAUGCUCCAACCGCUGAGCUUUUUCUGUUUUGAGUGAAAUCACAGGAUUGUAAGGUUUUGGAGAAAACUUUCAACUUCACAUAAAACAAAAACAUGUGGUUGUCUCCAAAUCUACAAGAAGUGGUUGUUUAUUAUGAUUCAAUUUCAAACGGUGGUGGUGGGGGACUCCACUCUGAUUAUUCUAAACCUCAAGGUUUCCAGGGUGUAUUUUUUAUCAAUACCCGAUAUAUAUAUAUUAAUCAAUCAAUCACCAUUAUUCCAUACACGUGAUUUACCCAACAUGCCAUUUAGCCAAACUGUUGCUGAAUUCGGGUUGGGGCUGAAAUCCUGAACACAUUUGCUUUGGGAUCUCAGUAAAUUUACUCCCAAUUCAGUGGGAUCGAAGGAAACCACAUAGACGCACUUAUUGUACCUAAUCCAAAGCCAGUAUACCCAGAAAUAUAUUCUACCGAGUUCAUUGAGGAUCUCUCCCAAAUAUGGGUAACAGAACAAGCAGAUUAAGGAGCUGCGUCUCAAGUUUGCGCAGGCGCAGUCCCUGGUCCAGUGCAAAUAAUUUGUCUUUUUGGCAUCAUUGCAAAGCUCUCCUGAUUUCGAUUUCACAACAGAAUUCUGAACAGCAGUCUCAGCGUGGGGAGUCCAGGUUUGCUGAGCUUACCUCCUAAUGUGAGUCAACAGCAGCGGCUGCGGGCUAUAUUUUAUACAAGUAACGAACACAGUUGCUUGGAAGACUUCACUGUCAAAUGCAUAAAUGCCAUCCCAACGUGAUUUAUUUUAAAAUUUGAAAUUAGGAGCCGGCUGUUUCCAGCGCAAUCCCCACCCCCCUCACCCGCCCCUCUUAAAAACAACGCUGACUUCCCUCCCCAGGACACACUCCAGGAAGCCCUGAGACGCAGUUGUAGGUGAUGAUGAGAGAAAUUAUGAGUAGUAAUUGAAUUAGCUGCACCACCUGCAGCAAGUCUGGCAGCCAUUUCCACUCCGAACAGUCAGCCUUGUUUGACACGGUGCAGAAGCAAAUCCAUAAUAUGCCCCAAGGAGAAGGCGGGUCAGGAGCGGUUGAACUGAACAAGGCAGGUUUUGUCGAGGUGGCUAGAAGGGGGAGCAGCCCUGCACAGGCUGAGAUCUGGCACGUAUUUGCCAGGAAAUUAAGUUCCACUAAAUCUAAUAGGAUUUACAACCAUCUGUAUACACAGGAUUGCCCCUUGAACUGGAAGUCUCGUGGAUGCAGUCUUAGUAACCCUUGCAGAGUUCAGUGGGGCUGCUUCUGGGUAGAUAUUAGGAGUGGGCACCAAUGUGUUUUCUUUAGCCUGCUUUCUUUACCUUCAAAAUAAGGAUUGUUAGGAUCAGCCUAAUUUUGUUUUAAUAUGCCCUGGUAAUUAUAACUGGGGGUUUUAUGGGGCAUGAAAAUACCUUCUGCCAAUCUGACCAACAUGCAAAGCUUUCCCAAGGGAGAGAGCCCUGCUUUCUGCCGACAAAGCAUCUCUGUGAAGGGUUUCUAAACAGGAAAUACAUUAGUUUCAAAAAGUUUGGUGGUGCUCUGCAGGGGUUUUGGGUUGGGGAAAGGGUCGUAAAGUGCUUUUGCAAUGCACAAAAUAGAACAGCUACAAAAUGUCAGGGCUGUGCCCUUUCCCACCCAUGCUGUCCCUGAGAUCUGUAUUCUCUUCUUCCAUUAGGUGCAUUUCUUAUUCCCUAUUUGACAAUGUUGGCUCUGGCUGGGGUCCCCAUCUUCUUCCUGGAGGUUUCUCUGGGGCAGUUUGCUAGUCAGGGACCUGUGUCUGUUUGGAAAGCCAUCCCUGCCUUACAAGGUGAGCUGAGCAGAAACAAUGCCUUGUCCUGUGGCAUUUUGUGUGCAUGGUGUGUGUGUGUGUGUGUGUGUGUGUGUGUGUCUUUUAAACUCGGAGAUCAUGGUUUUCCUUCAGUUCAAAGCAAGAGAGAUGACAUGGGUUCUCCUCUGUGUGGCACUGCUACGAGAACAGUGGCUGAUGCGCUGCAGUCUGACUUUGACCUUGAGGUGACCUUGCAAUGACUGAUGUAGUAGUAAUGCAGCACUUUUCUGCUUUAGUGGAUCCAUGCUGCACUUCCCAGCAGGAGGAGAGCAUUCCACGGCUGCAUCACUUUUAUGGUGUCACGUACGUCUCAUAAGAAAAUAGCACUUCCCUUCAGUGCUAAGUAUCUCGCACAUACCAUGCCGCAUGGUACUUUCCCACUUCCCUUGUAUAGGCAGCACUGGGGAGAGCUGUUUCAAGGUUCAUGUUGGCUGGUGUGGUGGUGACAAAUGUACUAACAUGAAAUGAGAAGAAGCUAUGAAAGAUAAUUGGACAAAUUGGUGGAGGGUAUUAGGCUAUCAAUGGUUACUUACCUGAUGGCUCUGCUCUGCUUCCAUGGUCAGAGGCAAUAUGUUUUUCCUGAAUACCAGUUGCUGGAAAAUGCAGGAUGGAGUGCUCUGGUGUACAGAUCCUGCUUGUAGGUAUGCAUCUUAUGCAUCUGAUUGUCACCUGUGAAAACAGGAUUCUGAGCUAGAUGGGUCAUUGGCUUGAGUCACCAGGCUCUUCUGACACUCUUAGGGAAUUGCAACAAAACAGUGUAUUUUAAAAGCAUUAAAAAAAGAGACUUUAUUGAGUAAUCAAAGCAUUAUACAAUCCAGCAAGGCAAAGAACUAAGUGAUAACUUAUCAUUAUAAUCCCAUGAUGCAGAAUUAGAUAUUACUUUGGAACAUUGAAAGAUUCAAUCCAAGAUCAAUCAAGAUAAUGGAAAUAUUAUUUUUGUAGAAGCAAGAGUGCUGAUAUUAAGUGCUGUAGAAAGCAUUUAUUUUUGAUCCUUUAAAUGUAGAUCCCAUAGAGUAAUAAAUCACAUGUGGUCUUCAAGAAUGGGGUGACAGCUCCACUGCCCUCUUAUAUGGCAAUCCUAGAUGGAUUUUGUGCCAAGACAAAAAUAUUCUGUUAACCACUAUGAAUUACAUUCCAGCACAACAUUUACUUGGGAGAAAGCCAAGCUGAAUUCAGUGGGACUUAAAAAUAGAUAGGACUGAGCUGCAUGGCGUGUUGAACUAUUUUCAGUAAAAGGAAAACGCCUGAAAAACAAGAUGCUAUUUAAACUAAAAUGUGUUCAUGUUGUAUAUGACUAGGCAGCCUCAAUGUUAUCCUUUAGUUCACUCUGGAUUAUAUUCGAUGUUAACCCUACUCAGAGUAAACCCAUACAAAUUAUGGGAUGUGGCAAGUUUAGGUCCAUUAAUUUCUUUCGCUCUACUCUGUGUAUGAACUAGUUGGAUACAAGCCUAUGUAUUUUUAGUAGUUUAAAUUGUGAUCCUCCCUGAUCCUUGAUCCUCUCUUUUUUUUCAGGCUGUGGCAUUGCUAUGCUGAUUAUCUCUGUCCUAAUAGCCAUAUAUUAUAAUAUUAUAUUGUGCUACACACUUUUCUACCUUUUUGCAUCCCUUGUACAAGUGUUACCUUGGGCUUCAUGUAACAAUCCAUGGAACACACCGGAUUGUAGAGAUAAAAACAAACUUUUAUUAGGUAAGUUAGAGUAUUCUUUCCCUUCAAAUCUGUAUAUAAGACCAUUCUGUACACUCACAUCUGUAUAUCUGACCAUUCUGCCUUAAAAUAUAGAGCAAUGAAUAUUCUCAAGUAUGUCUCUAUUGUAAAUGUUUGUAGUAAAAAUGAAUUCUGCAAUUACACCAACUUUUCACACCUUCAUUUAGACUUCCUUAUCUGCUUAUUGAUUCUGCCAACAUAGUGCCAUAGUAACUUCAGAAUAUACUGCAAACCAUAGAAGAAAGGAAUCCAAAGGGCCAAUUGAGUCCAACUCAAGGCAAAACCAUAUUUACAUCAAUUUUCCACAAUUCAGCUCACCCAGUCAGGACUACAGUGCUCCACAAAUGGAGAAAGUAGUGAUAUUACCCAGCACAUGCCUGUCAACUUUACUGCUUUUUUGGAAAACUGAUUUGGGAGUACAGUAUUUCUGGGAAGCAGGAUUAUCCUUUUUUUAAAAAAUACUUUUUUAAAUUGCAGAACUAAUUUAUUGGAAGCAGCAGUAGCACUAAAUAGAUCUAAUUAGCGGUUCAUUCCAGUGCUUACUCAGAAAUUAGUCUCACUGUGUUCAGUGGGGAUUACUCACAGGAAAGUAUGUCAAGAAUUCCAGCCUCCUUGACCCAGAGCUAAAAUUGAAUCAGUAAGAUUUAUUGCACGCAUCUUCCACUUCUAUAGAUCAGGCCAUGGUUUACCAGAGAUUGUUCUGGUAAACACUUCUUACUUUCAGUCUUCUCUUGGGGUGACAUUAAUACUUGCAAACAAGUAUUAAGGCUAACUAGAUUUCAUGCAAAGCCUCAAACAGGAUAUACCACUGUGCACUGGGGACAUGAGGGAUUCACUCACAAAUAGGAAUAAAACGGAUGCAGCAUAUAUAUGCAUCUUUAUCAUUUAAGUCAGGUACAGUAUCAAACUACCAGUGAUGCCACACUGUAUUCCGCAGGGUGCAUUGUGUUUUUGAGGAAACAGUAAGUGGAAACUGGCUGAAAUAUGUAUGACAUUUAUGAAAUUUGCACAAUGAAAAGUGGGGGGACAUUUUGGCCCCCAACAAUUUGGAUUAAAGUUCAAGAUUCCAAAGUGUGGCUUUGGUCACACAGUCUGACAUAUUUCCAUAUGACUUCCAUAUUUCCAUUUAGUUGUUUAUGAAAACUUUACUAUCCUGUCUUUCUUUCUUUGGGAAAGAUACCCAGGAUUGCUCAGAAGCCUCACUAAAUCUUACUAAAAACAUGACAACUUUUUUCUUUCUUUUUACUUUAGGAGUCCAGGUUAGAUCAGAUGUUAGUUGGCACUUUAAAAAGGAGGGUUUUUCCUUUGGUGGCAAUGUCAACUUUCUGUUACUCCUGAAUCAGUGCUAGCUGUUGACCACAACAGCUAAAUCUUCAUGUAAUGAAAGAGAACGCAAUCCCCUACAAAAGAAAAGUUUGGUUAUAGGGGGAGAGAACAUUAAAAAAACAACAGAAAGAGUUGUGUACUGAAGAUGGUGAUGUUCAAUUUCUAAUGCAAAGAAAUAAAAUGGAAGAAAAUGGUUUUCAAAUGACUAUUCAAAAUAACAUAUAUAGUGGAAAGUGACUUGCAGCGAUGUCACAGACACCUUUAAACUCAGGGGAAGGAAACAUGUGGCUCUGCAGGUGCUUCUGAACCACAACCCAUGGCCCUCCAGAUGUUAUUGAACUAUAGUUCCUAUCAAUCCCAACCAGCAUGCAGAUGAGGGAUGAUGGCUGAGACUCAUAGGAACUAUAGCCCAACAUCUGGAGAGCCACAGAUGCCCCUUUCCUAUCUAACUCCUAUGUAGUAUGCGAGCCAAGACACUUUCUCCACACCAAAUGAUACAACAGUCUCACUUGGAAGGGAAAGAAUAGGGUUUCGUUAUGUUAUUUUAUAACCAGCAGCUCUAGCUAGCAGUUUGAGUGCUGAUAAGUAGCAGUUCCCACUCAAUGAAGCUAAGGCAAUGUCAUUCGGUCAGUCCAGUCAUGGUUGCACAGUCCUUCCCAGAACAACUUCAGCCUCUGUCUUGUCAAUGACUCUUGCUGUGGGAAGGUGUCCUUUGAUGUAGGGCAUUAUUAUGAUCCCACAUGGGUGUUAAGGGCUUUGCCCACAAUUCACCUGAAGUUUCAUUCUUAUCAGUGAACUAAUUUUUUAAGCAUGCUGCUUAAAUGGCAAGAGAUCUAGGAAGAGGAGCGACAGGAUAAGAACCUCAUUAAUAAUGUUGUCAUGAAUAUUGACUCCAGUGCCAGAUAGGCAAACACAGAAUAAGAUUUCAAAGAUAAGAUAGGGUGAUGUUUUCAGUGAACAUUCCAGGAGCAAAGGAUGCCAGAGUUUGGCAGUGCAUAUUUACUUGCAAGUUAGUGGGGAUUUCAGUACAACAGGUUAUUGAGGAUUGCAGUCUGAGUGACUGAAUAGUGAUCUGUGGCAGAUUUUAUAUUCAAUAUGGAUUUUUCUUACAAUUAAAAUGACUACAAUAUGAACACAUGGCUGUGUCAUCAGUACUGGUAGAAAGGAUUUUAGCAGGUAGGCAGCUAUUAGCAUAAUGAGAUGUAAGUUUUAAAUGUCUUUUUAUAUAACUUUUAAUGAUGCAGCUAUUCUGCAUCUCCAUCUAGUAGAAGGACCAGCUCUACCAUUAAGCAGAGUGAGAUAGUUGACUCUGGCAGCAGAUGCUGGCUGGUAGUUGUGAGGUGUUGCAGAACAGAGUUGUGUGUAUUACAGGUGCUGUUCUGUGCCCCAAAGCUAGCUUGCAGACCUCAGGAAUGGUGGAGGACACUGUCCUGUAAUCAGGAUUAAAGUAAGUUUCUACUGCCAGUCCACUUGACUUAAGUACAGUGGUACCUCGGGUUAAGAACUUAAUUCGUUCCGGAGGUCCGUUCUUAACCUGAAACUGUUCUUAACCUGAAGCACCACUUUAGCUAAUGGGGCCUCCUGCUGCUGCCGCGCCACCGCUGCACAAUUUCUGUUCUCAUCCUGAAGCAAAGUUCUUAGCCCGAGGUACUAUUUCUGGGUUAGCGGAGUAUGUAACCUGAAGCGUCUGUAACCCGAGGUACCACUGUACAUGGAAGCGGCAGGAGGGGAUGCACAGUCUUGUUUGCCUCAGGCAGAAAAUUUUCUUGUCAGGUCAAUCCUGUAUGGUGGUUAUCUUAAGCAGAGGCUUGCAAUCAAUAGCACUCAACAUCUUGUUUUUGUGUAUAGCAGGGAUAGAAACUCAGCAGUCUUUCAGAUGUUGUGGGACCCAUCAUUCCUCACCACUGGCAUCCUCAUCAAUGGCAGCUAUGCUGUCUGGAGUUGAUGGGAGUUGAAAAUGCAGUAACAUCUGGAGGGACAAUGGUCCCCCAUCCCUGGGGUAUGGCAGGACCCAUCACUCCACUGGAAUAAAACUUCUGAAUCAGAAUUGGAAUUCUAAGAUAGCAUUCUUAACUCCUGCACUAAUCAAUGUACUAUACCAUACUAUACCGUAAAAACUUCUUUGCUAGUACGAAACUUCUGCGGUUGUGAUCCUAAGACUAUUUACUUGGAAGUAAAUUCCAGUUAUAUUGAUGGCUUGUUUAAAACAGCAGCAGGGUGGGGUGGUUAAUCCCCAGUUUGUGACCCCUGAUCUCCCCCUGCCAUUCAAAUGCUUCUAGGUUACAGGUAUGAAUAAGGCCAUCUUGUAGCUAGCCUAUUUAUCUAACGUUUAUAUAUAUUUUUUUCAAAGUGACACAUUUCAACAUAUCUAUUAUAAACACAUAAAAUGAAUAUUUUCUUGGGGAAAAGCAACAUAUCGAAAAUAAUGGUUGAUAUGCUCCACAAAUACACAGACCUGUAUCCACCUGAGCUUUUAUUAUAUCUUCCAUUAAAAUGUGCCAUGGGAGCCAACUUAUUGAAGAUGGACUCGUCAGUCCAUUCAAUAUUUCUGUUGCCUUUCCUUUUAUUGUAUGUAUAUAUCUUCUUCACAUUUAUUUCCCACCACAGGAAUGAUAAUUAGAAAUGGGGGCCUUUGCAUGGCUGUUUAUGAAAGCUAGUUUCAAAUGUAUCCCUGCCUCUAGUUGCCACUGAUGCCCAGGGUGGUGUUUGCUUGGCCUCUUCCAAACUAUAAUUUGUGGGUGUCAGCUACAUAAAAUAAAUGCACAAUGGGAAUGAAUGUGCAUGAGACGGGCUUUUUACCACACCCUUAAAGUAAGUUUUUACUGUGUUACUUUCUGCAAAAUACAAAGUGGGGGGGGGGGGAGCACAAGCUAUCUGAGCACCCAAGAUUCACACCUUCCAGAUAGUAAGUGCAGUAAGAGGCAACACAUCUCACUUGUGCAUCUUCUCCCAUCACUGCUUCUUCAAAAUAUGCCAACUACGUACAGCUAAUUUAUCAGAGCCUGAGAACAGUCACCAGGGGAAUGCUGUUGAAAAUGGUUUCCCCAUGGAGAGUUGCCCUUGGCCAAGCUGUAAAGCAGAGGGAGUGGACAUGGUAACCCCUAGAUGUUUUGGUUGACUAUUCGCAUCAGCCCCAGUCAGAAUGACCAAUGGUCAGGGGUGAUGGGUGUUAUAGUCUGACAGCAACUGAAGGCUCCCCUUGCCACAUAGUAUAGAACUACUUACUAUGUGCAUCUUCCUCCUCAUGCACUUCAUAGUACUGUUUAAAGUGGACAGUAGGGUUCCUGUCCCUCCCUUGAUUCUCCAUUGUCCACACAACCUCCUUGCCAAAUCGCAGCCUUCACGCACGCUUCCUUCACUCAGCCAUGCUUGUAUCAUACCAGGGAUACUCUGAAAAGGAGAGGGUAUGAGAAAAUUUGGAGGGAGGGGGAAAUGUGGGAAUGCAGUGAUUUAAAGGAGAAAGCCAUAUGGACAAUGAAGAAUUAAAGGAGGUACAGGAAGUUUACUGUUCACUUUAAAUGUAUGGAUGAGCCAUCUGUCCACAUAGCUGAUUUUGUAACAUUUGCAGAGCACGCAAUUUAAUUGUUGCUUUGCAAUUCACUGUGCAGUUUUUUACUUCAUCUUCAAAAGCCAAUGCUGACCACUAUCAGGGACAGGACACUGGGUUAGAACAGCCAUAGGAUAUUUUCAAGCUCUUCAGUGGUGUGAUGUCUGCAGGCUUGCACAGGCAUCCAUUUAAAGAGUCUCUAUCAGCGCGGACAAGAUGUGUAAGUUACAGGUGAUUACCCAUCCUUCAGCAUGCCUGGCUUUCUGUAACAAAAGAAAAACGAGUUCCUUAAUAAUCAGGCAAAAGAAAAAAGAGAUAAAAGCUGAUUUGGCUGCCUUUUUCAUUUUUAGCAAUUUGGGCAUUUCUAGAAAUAUUCAGGGAGUUGAAACACACCCACACACCCCUCUGUACCUGAAACCAAGAGUGAUCAAGCAGUGCCCAAAGGAAAUAAAGGUUGUUUGGUUUUGUGCAGAGCACAUCGAGUUUUCUGGAUUCUCUUAUAUUUAUUGCAGCGGCAAAAAAAGAUCUUAUAGGGCAAAGAUGUAAAGCUAUAGAUUUGAGAUCUGUUCUAGUGAGAUGAGAUGCUGCUCAACUUGUUCUGUUUUUCAGAUUUGCUCUCCUGUCCUGAACAUGCUUACUCAGAAAUAUAUUUUGUCAUCCACUGAUUUCAAUGGGACACAUGAGAUUGCAGUCUUGUUAACGUUUUGAUUUCCCCCGGAGUCUUCAUAAAUAUCUGAAGGCUAGAAUGAUGUGUGUAAACAUUUCCCUCCCUUCAACACAAGCACAGUUGGGCCGUCCUUUCCCUUAGAUUACAAAUGGAUGCUUUUACUUAUUAGCAAUUGUCCAUGUAAAUGUAAUUUCAUGCUAGCACCUUCUGGUUCGGUGUAGUUAUUAUUUUCUGCCUAGCGUCCAAGGUUUGAUGGAUAGCACUGCAUGCGAGGAUUUGUUUGUCCUCUGCUGCAAAGUGAUUGCGCCCUCUGCUGAUCAGGAUCAUCUGGUGCAGGGAAACCAACAGCUCUACAAAGCGAAGCUGUUUUUUUUUAAAAAAAGAAAGCUUGCUGCAGUGCAGCAAAAGUGACCUUACGUGUCAUCCUCUGAUCUCACUCAUGCCUCUAUACACUUUAAACAAGGCAAAACCAACCCAGCAUAUACAGGUGAACAUGUUCUGUUCUACUGAUGUCAGAACUGCCUAUUUCUUAAAUGCGCUCUCAGAAAUACAAUAUUGUUAAGACUGCAGUCCUGUAUCCAAGAUUCUCGGUGCAGGUUAUCUCUAAAUAGACAUGCGUAGGAUUGCACUAUAAGUAGGUUUUAUUUUUCAGCAGAGAUGAUGUGCGAUAAUAUUUUUGCACAAUUCAGUCUUCCAAGAGUGUUCUUCUGAAUACAUUUGGAAUAUUACUACCCUUAUGUAAAUACAAUUUUGUGUGUGUUCUGUCUUUGCAGCAGCACAGCAUAGGAGCAUUUGGGAAGCAAAAGGGGGGGCAGCUCAAUCUAACAUAUUUGUAACAUAUAUUUAUUUAUUUGGAAGGUCACAAAGACUCUUGUAGGAGAAAUAACAUUUUUUUGGGGGGGGGAAUGCCUUUUAUUUCAGUAGCUUUCAUAGCUAGCUACGCAAUAUUGAAAAGGGUAUUUAAAAAGCAACAGUUAUUCCAAAUUUGGGGUAUUUCCCACUUUUUAAAAAAACAACAACAACCCCAAGCUAUUUUCUUAUAUCUAUAUUUACUAGUGUGGAAUCUUUAUUGCAAACCCUGCAAUUCAACACAGAGUUAGCAACACACUACAACCAUUUUCUAUGGGCUUUACAACUAAUUCUGUAUUGGAUUGUGAUGGCCUUAGAAUUUGUGUAUUAUUUUCCAUAAGCAUUUGAUUGAAAGGUCCAGACAAUGAGACACAGGGUACCAGGUACACAAAUACAGUACCAACUCCUCAGUAAUAUUCAACUAAAUCUAGAGAUGUGCAGAAAAUGAGAGAAUGGGUGGAUAACAUACCACUACCCCCUCUGCUGGCCGACAUGGGGCAUAAUGCUUUCCUUUCCAAAAAUGCUGGGGUUGCACGAAGUUGGAAGCUUGCAACAGCACAGUUUAAUAGAACAUUGAUAGAACAUUAAAAGAUUAACAGAACAAGGGGACAUACAAAGGGAUCAUUUGACAGCAAUUAUUUCUUUUCCUGUUUUAUGCUUCUUGCAUCACUAGUAGCCUUCACCGACUUUUAAGAGAGAAUUUCAAAAGCAACAAUGUGCUUUUGUCAAUUAGCAGAAAGGGCAUGGCUUCGGAUUAAGCGGAGAGAGUUAGGAGACCGCACUCAUUUCUGUGGAUAAUAAUUAAAUCUGAGCAAUUUAAAUACCACUCUCUUAAUACGCUGAUUAUGUUCUCAAGAUCUUUGCUGUCUUUAGGUGCACAUGAGGAUUGCCCUAAUGCACCUAAAAUGCACCUUGUAACCAAAAAACUUCUGUUCAGGAUGAAUAUUGCUGCAAGUCAUAGCUGAUGUAUUAUUCACAAAUCAGUAGCUUUGGAUCAAGCCUAAUCACAGUCUGGCCUCCACAUACAACCAAGGCUCGAGCUGAAACAAAUUUCUGAACUCAAAAGUCAAUUCUCCUCAUUAGAACUUGAUUUCAGAGCUGUGAAUUUAAGUUCUUCCUGGGAAUGUGAGUAGUGUUCUCCGUAUGGAUAUUGCUGGGUGUAGUAGUUUUACUGAAAACAUUGACAAUUUAAUAUUUAACUCCCAUGCUUGAAAUACAUCUGACAAGGCUUGGCUUGCAGUAAGCCCAAUCAAUUUCUGUAGAACUGACUUCUCAGUAGACAUCUACAAUAUUAUACUGCUCAGACUGAAGACUUUCAGAAGUAUGUCCUGAAGUGACAUUUCAAUAGAAAAAUCUAAUACAGUGCUACCUCCGGUUACGAACUUAAUUCGUUCCAGAGGUCCGUUCAUAACUGGAAAUUGUUCAUAACCCGAGGCGUGCUUUUGCUAAUGGCACCUCCCACUGCUGCUGCACCUCCAGAGUGCGACUUCCGCUCACAUCCCGGGGCAAAGUUCGCAUCUGGGAGCAUCUACUUCUGGGUUAGCGAAGUUCGUAACCCAAAGCAUUAGUAAGGAGGACGGUACGUAACACGAGGUUCCACUGUAAAGUUUGAAAUGUAACAACUGACUGGCACAUUUAAAUGCUUAAUCCCUCCUCUAAAUGUCUGUUGGCUGUAGUCAAAAAACCAAAAUUCAUUAUCUCAUUUUACAUUCAGAGUACCGCGCCAGUUUUCUAUGCCUUAUUUUUCUUAGACUGUGUGGUUGCUUUGUAUGUGUACAGUCUUCCUGCGUUAGGACACCUCUACCUUAGCUUUCUCUCACAUAUUAUACCUGCUGAAAUGCACAACUGUUAAAGUUCAUGAGUCCUUAAUGCCAGGAAAUUGGCCGUUCCUGCCUAAAGAUGGCCCAAUGGGGAGAACAAAUCUACUGUAUGAACCUUGCAUAAGGAUUCAGACAUGGGGGUUUCAGUUUUGCUCUGGGUCAACUAUGCCGCUGAUCCACAAGACAGAUCAAGUCAGUACUGAUGGGUCAAGAUCUUACUGCAGGAUAUUAGUUUGUUCUUUCUUUCAAACUGUGUUUUGUACACUUCCAGUUUAGUGCUGAAGCAAUAGCAUGGAAAAUGUCCACCUACAUUUGCCCAUUCCUCACGUUAGACACUGCUUCACAGUAGGAUUGCACAUAGUUCAUACUGGCUUGGCUUUGGAAAUAUCCCUGGAUAUAUAUUUUUAAGUGUUCCUUAAUAGAAAACAGCUUAUAUCCUAUCGUUACCUGCCUUGGGCAUCUUCAGAUGGAAAAUUGGGGUAUACAUUUAUUAAAAUCAAAUAAUAGCUUUAAAACCAGAAUUUCAGUUCAAAUGCACAAAUAUGCAGCAGUCAAAUAUAAGUUACAAAUUGCCUUCGGAUUGACAAGCCUUGCAAGCAACAUGUAUAAAAGCAAUGUUUCACUUAGUGAACUUGUAUUUAUUUCGCUGUUCAUUGUUUUUAAAUGUCCAGAGAAACUGAGUAGGAGGAAAACAGCUCAUUAAAUGCACAGUAUGAAAUAACCACUCAGGGAGCCACAAAUGAGUAGCUAAUAGUCUACAGAUCACAGUAGACUGCAAGCAGAGGUUGCAUCGUAGCAAUGAUCACACAAGCCUGAGUGUGGGCAAUUCUAGGAAGCCCCAUUUACUUGUCUCUAAAACUGAGACUUGCACCCACAUUUGGAGCUAUGAGCUCAUUCUGUGGGUUUGGGGCUUUUGCAUGGGCACAACAAAUUGCCAGAAGUCCUGCCCAACAAAAGGCCAAGAUGGACUAGACCAGGCUUCCUCAAACUUGGCCCUCCAGAUAUUUUUGGCCUACAACUCCCAUGAUCCCUAGCUAGCAGGACCAGUGGUCAGGGAUGAUGGGAACUGUAGUCUCAAAACAUCUGGCGGGCCAAGUUUGAGGAUGUCUGGACUAGACUCAUCAAUGAAAAGGAAGGCUCAAAUGUGAUUAAUGUUGAAAGGAAGAUAGUUUGCCUUUGUUCAACCAGGUAGAGGAACCUAAUUAAUUUUCAAUGCUUGAAUGAAAUGUACUUCAAUGCAAGCUGUUAUUUGUUAAUUGUUUUUCCCCAAGUCUUUAGAUGAAUUUUAGCUCAGUAAUUGCUCUUUUGACUUGUGUUUUUUCAGAUUCCUGCAUCAUUGGUGACCACCCCAAAUUACAAAUAAAGAACUCUACUUUCUGUAUGAGUGCCUAUCCAAAUUUGACAAUGGUAAACUAUACCAGCCAUGUCAACAAAACUUUUGUCAGUGGCAGUGAAGAGUACUUCAAGUAAGAUUUAAAAAAACAAAAACAAAACACACACACACACACACACGUUUUGGAACAAUUUUAAAGUAAAUCUCCAUUUGAAAGUCACAGGGUAAUGCAUGAAAUUAUCAACGGAAUGAAAAAAUUGUAAUUACAUUGUCUGUAGGUUCUUUCUCUACUGUUCAUUAGUUGAGUGUUUAUGCCAGUCAUUUAGAUAUGUCUUUCAUAUAUUGGGACUUGACUAAUGAGUUAAUUGCUCCUGCUACAGAGACAGAAGCAAUUUGAUGGCAUUUCAAAACAAGUGCCAGGAAAAUAGUACAUUGUGUUGGCAUUCAGGAGGUAGAUGUCCUGAGGUUUGAAUGUGAUUGCAUCUGGGUUCAAGUCCCACCACAUAAUCUUUCGGUAUCUCUUCCCUAAAGCUGCCAUCAUGUCAAGUCCUGGUAGACUUGCCUCAUAGGAUACUGGUCAGAGUGAAAGCACCACAAAAAUUAUGGCAGUCUCUCUCUCUCUCUUUUAUCUUUGUAAACUCAAUUCUUGUUUUAUAAACCCUGUGUUGUCUCAGAUUAUUUCAAAUAUUCUUACACCUACAGUUUUAACCACACAGUACCUAAGGAAACAUCAGAGAGACCCUAGGGAACUUUUUGAGGCUAUUUGAUAAGCGUCAGCCUGUUAAAUAAUUAAUCUCUUAUUUGAAGCUGGCACGUACCUCAAACAGGGAAAGGGAGGGCACAAGAGAGGGGUACACUCUGUUGUGACCAGGUCUUCCUUCGUCAGAUAGGCUGGGGAGGGCUGGGAUGUAGUUAUCACAACUACAGUUAUAUUUGACAGGUUUUGGGAUGUUGCCCUCAGUGAUUUAUGAUCUUGCUCAUAUGUGACCUGUGGCCCAUCUGUGUUAGGAAUCCGAUAUCUGCAGGGUUUUGGUUUUUUGUCAGCUCCCUAGUUUAAGAAACUGACUGUACCAAACUAUCACUGUCUAUUUUCUAAAGCCAGAUUAAAAGUUUUCCCAUCCAAAGUGUUGAGUGGAAGAUUGGCUGGCAUCCCAUACCAAGAUAGGCUGUGCCCAAGUUCCCAGGAUGCUGAAUGUAUGAAACACAUUUUAUUACACUGUAGUCUGUAUAAACAGGUUAGAUAGCAUCUAAUCAAACCCAUAUUAACAGAACAAUCUGGAAUUGCUUAUUCCUUUUAUGUUAUGGUUUUCAUUGAGGAUAAUACUGAUACUAUUACACUAGGUGUAGCAAAAUUUCUCUCGGAGGUAGUAAGUAUCAGAAAUCAGUAUGUAUGGCCUAAGGCUCCUCUGUUGGCUAGCGAGGACGCUCUUAUGCCUUAAUAACUAUUGAUAUUUAUACCAUUGUUAGACUGUGUAAUUUGGGUCUACGGACCGCAAUAAAGCUGUGUGUGUGUAUUUGACAUUACAAAAGUAAACGCCGGAGGGAUUGGGCCUGUAAUGACUCACAUUGACAUUUUGAUUCUCAGGUACUUUGUAUUGAAGAUUUCUGCAGGAAUCGAAUAUCCUGGUGAAAUCAGGUGGCCUUUAGCACUCUCUCUCUUUCUGGCUUGGGCGAUUGUCUAUGCUUCCCUGGCUAAAGGAAUAAAGACAUCAGGAAAAGUAAGAGAGCAUCUUUCUUUAGACUAUUCAGAGCCAGAACUCAGUGAUGUAUUGUAUGACUGAAGAACUAAGUAUUACCAAACUACUGAAUAGUUUAUUGAUAAAUGUGAAAGCAGCGUAGCACAUAUCCUCUUGCAUGGUAGCUGAAGAAAAGUUUCAUUGAUAGGAGUAUUUGCUCUAUUUUUCAAAUUUGGGAUCCUCAUGGCAUGCUGCCUACAUUCCUUGUGCUUACAGUAUUGAUAUUGGGUUGCAUCCUAAAAGGUGAACGGAAAGAGUCCUGUAAAGUAUGAUUAAUUCAUUUUAUCAAAAUAUGCAUUCCAAAGACAAGGGAUGCAGCAGCUGGCUGGAUUACCCAACAAAGUGCUUACACUGGGGCAAGGACAUUUAGCUGCACAAUGGAACUUCUCUUCCUUCUCCUCUCUCUGAAUGUCUCCCCAAAGCCCUGUUAAACCCAUGUUGGGAGUUCACAACCUCCAGAGCAGAUUUGGGGAGGAUCUGGGGCACGCAGGGGGAAGAGAAGGAAGUUCUGUUGUGCAAGUGGAAAUCCUUGAAUAUAAUACAACAGAAGCAUCAUUGCCCAGCCUGUAUACACUUGCUCAACUAUCCCCUCUUCAUAGGAGGGUUUGCAGGUUUUUACAAUGUUCUGUGAGGCUAAAAAUAGCAAUGGAAUAAAAUUAAUGAGUUUGUACAGUAUGGAAAACAAGACAAAAUAUAUCAUAUCGCCUUCAAAUUUAGUUCUUUUAAACACUAUUAGCUUUCUUCAGUUCAGGAAGAUAGAUAAUAUCUUUUUUCAACAUUGUCUCUAAUUCCUAAAGGUAAUUAAAAUAUUAGUGUCCCCCCACCCCUACAAACUUUAUAAAGAUUAAUUCUCUAAUAAAAUGACGUCUGCGUAAGCAUGCAAGAGGCUGAGCAGUUUGAUUAUAAAACUGCUCUAUUUUAAAAUGUGAGGGCACAUAACAAAUGAGUUGGGAACAUCAUUAAAUGAAAAAAGUAAAUAGAUUUCAAAGAUAUCCCAACUGUACUGAAAAGAGAGUCCUAGAAUGGUAGAACUAGCCUUGUUUAGGGCUCAGCCUCUUUACUCUCAGCCUCAGCUCCCUCUCCCUCUUCUCUUUUUAUCUCCCCCACAUAUUAGUUCUUUUCAAGCUCACUUGACUGCUCCCUCUGCAGGGAAGCUCUGUUCCCAAUGCACAAGAAGCAAGAUUCUGUAGUUAGCUGCUGGGUCAUAAAGAAAGGCUAUCUAUACACCUCUCCCUCUCCUUUCUCAAUCCCCCUUUACUUCAACAGCAGACUUACCAUGCUGGGCUCAGAACACCUUGGCCAAUCUUUGGUAAGCUCUAGUUCCCUUUGACUAGAGUCCCUGCUCCAGGCUUAGAUCUCUCCCUUUUUUCACAAGCAUGCAGGUAAUGCCCACCUCACCUGCAUGAGUGCUAACCAUGAUGUAACAGCAGCUAACGUGGAUGAAAUACUUUAGAUCAGAGGGAAAAGAAACAUUUUUUCAGCCCAACUGCAACAUUCACUUCUGGGCAACCGCAAUUUGCUGGAGCAAUUAGUGUCGUUUUGAUCUUUGUAGAUCAGGCUAGUUUUCACACAUACUCAAACACCCUUUCCUGUCCUCCACUGAGCCAGGCGUUCAAGGACAAAAUCUAGCCAGGCAAAACCACUCAAGGUCAGAGAGCGGUGUGGCCUGGAGAAAGUUACAAGGGCUGGAGGGAGAGGCCUGGAGGGUUCCUUUUGGCCCCUGGAUCUGAGUGAGGCUCCCCUCCCUUGCUUUAGAUGGUCCUUUUACCAAAGGGCAGCAACUGGGGAAGCAGAAUCAAGCACAACCAUCAGUAUGUAUAGAGAGAGAUGGGAUCUUAAAUAAAUGGCUGCGGUGUCUGCUGACAGAGCACUGCAUUUUAUGAAAAACUACCUUGAUUUUCAUUGGUUUGAAGGGUCACAUAUAGUAAUAAGAUGUAUGAAUAGGAAAAACAUCAGCUACACAUAAAUACUGUUAUUGUUAUCCCAGAACCUUGCUAUUUUAUUAGCUUGUGGUUUUUCAUAGAUAGCAACAUUUUAAUAAUCCUUUUAUCUCUGUAGGUUGCUCACAUUCCCAUGAGCCUGUGUACUAACUCUGCCUGGGUAAUGAAUUGUCAUGGACAGCAAGCCUACUUAUAGGAUCCGCCCAAAUGAGUAAUUCUUUGUCUAUGUGUGGUCUCUUUAGGUGGUGUACUUUACUGCUACAUUCCCUUAUGUAGUGCUCAUCAUCUUACUCAUCAGAGGAGUAACUCUGCCAGGAGCUGGGAAUGGAAUAUUGUACUUCAUCACACCUAAGUGGGAGAAACUGAUUGAUGCUAUGGUGGGCUUAUUAUUCCAGUUAUAACACUCUAAUAGGGUGAAUAAUUCAUACAGAUUUAUUAUUUGCUGUGUAUUAAGAAAGCAUACAGAGAUAUGCUAUGCUGUGCUGACUCAAUUACGUGCAAGCUGAUCUAGCUAAAUCUAUUGCACCCAUUACAUUAGGCGUUCUAAUAAGGUUACGUUUGCACGUCCUUCAGUACAUUGCUCCAUUUGUUUUGGUGGGUCACACUUUUUCUGGUUGUGAGGAAGUGAAACAUGGCUAUCAGCAAGGUGAGCUAGCUCUGCACAUCCACAGCCAUGCUGCAUGUGUUAUGUGGAAUGAAAUAACACACUCCCAGAGAACAGCUCACCUGGUCACUUAUCAGAUUACAGUGCACAUUGUUCCUUAUCUAGUGACGUUUAGAGUACAUUUGGGCUGCCUUGUUGGAUCAGUCCGAGGCGUAUCUGCUCCAGUGUAAUGGUCCCAACAGCAAUAGGAAUUCCAUAAAUUUGGCUAAUCCGUUUUUGUGUGUGUGUGUGUCCAUCACCACAUUUUGCAGUAGUAAUUUGUAUUACAAUAUUUCCUACAAUCCCAUAAAUUCUACUGCUUGGAGCAGCCUGCUCCUUCUUGUUCCGUGAGCUGUGCCACUUUUGUAUGGACUCUUACAAUCAGUUUGAAUUGUAGGGAGCAACCCUGUACACAAGAAACUGGUGUAAAGCCAAGCCAGUGUGAGUUUAGCUGGUGUCAUGUUACACCAGAUCCAGACUCCAUUCAGCAGCAAGGCUACUGCUGCCUAAGCUGGCCUGUACCUGCAGAGGGAAACAAAGCCUUUAAAACAAAGUUCGAGUUACACCAUCCUUUUUGCCAGUUUAACCUACACUAGGUUGCCAGGCAUGGGCAUAGCUGGGGGCAUAGCUGGGGGGGCGCAGCUGCACCCCUCCAAAUCAAUACAAAUCAAUGCAAAUCUGAGGUUCUUUUCUCUCUAAUAAAAAUCCUGCCUAUGCCCAAGUUGCCAGGUCAUGUGACUAAACAGAAUGGGUUUAGAAUCCAGCCUAAAUAACCCCAGCCCUCUGGUCCCAUCCCAACACACUCCUUUGUGGGGGCUUAUGUCAAUUUAAGAUCCUUCAUGGUGGGCUCAGCUGGUUGGAAAAUAUACUAAUGUCUCUCCAGCAGAGUCGAAGAUGAGGGAAUUAAGCCUCCAUAACCCAACUGUGACAGGAACCUCCUGACUCAGCUGGAGAUCUCUGGAUCCUAAUCCACUCAUCCUGGUGUAUCUUGAGAUAGGAUUGCUCCCAUAGUCAACAGCACUAUUGAUUUUUAAAAUAACUUGCUGAAAAAAUGUUUGUUUGCUCAUUUUCUUCAUGGCACUUUUUUUUUUUUUUUAAGGUGUGGAAAGAUGCUGCCACUCAAAUAUUUUUCUCUUUGUCUGCUGCAUGGGGUGGCCUGAUUACUUUGUCUUCCUAUAACAAAUUUCAUAACAACCUGUACAGGUAAGUAGAAUGAUUCCAUGAACUCACUGGCUUUAUGGCGACGUGAGUGGCACUGUUUAUUCCAGAAACUUAUGGAUAUAAUUUAGAUCCUUACAAAUUAGCUGGGAAUUGUUUAUGAAUUUUAAAACGUAAUUAGGAUUACCUGAGGUUCCUAAUUAUUUGACACAGCCAGACCACUGAAAGAAGAAAAUUGGGUGAUUUGGAUAUACCCAAUCAGUAAUAAAACCAGUCUAUGCAUUCAAAACUGUCACAUAGCAGAACUAUAUCAAAUGGUUGGAGAGAAUUGCACGCUACCUCAUGUGGGGGCAGGUCAAGGAGGGAACUUCCUGUACAUAAGAAAUUAGAAUGCCAGGGAGAGUCCUGCUUCCUGAUAUGCCACCCUCCAUUAGGGAGGGAAUUUUGGAAGUUGCAAGGCAUUCAAUAUGUGGUCCCUCUCCCUUCAGUACAGUUCAGGAAGGCCAGCAACACACAAUACUUCUGGACCUUGCAGGACCCAGAAGUUCUGUUGUUUGGCUAAAUUGUGCCUGAUUCUGUGGCCAUGAAAGCUAUGACAUUGUUUGUAAAGCACAAUUUCUUUCAAGAAUGGAAACACUCCAUCACCUGUGAUGCAAGUCCUCAAAACCCACUGGGCUCCUUCUGAGGUUGGUGUGCCCUACUUUCUAUUGAAAGCUUGCCCUAAUUAAAAAUAGGCCAGGUUGAAAAGCAACCUCGGGAAUUGCCAGGAAGAACCUGGGCUGGCAGCAUGAAAUACAACACAAGCAUAAUCUCUACCGGAGAAAGCCUGGAGAUUUAGAAAUAGGUCAGAAUCCAGCUGUGCUCUGAGCACUCUGCAUUAGAAAGGGUAAUCUGCAGUUUCCAAAAGGGCAAUGGCUGUAUCACCUCUGCUGUUGUUAUAUCACUGAGCACAGUGAUUAUUCCUGAAAUUGUAUUAGCACCUAGUUAAGAUUAAGAAAAGCUCUCUAAAUUCAAACUAAAGAUGGAAGCUUUGAUUAAAGGUAAUGGGUAACUUCCUACAGAGCUGAGAAGUUUGCUCUCUUAUAAAUACAGGCCCAUUCCAUAUUUGGUUUUGAUUGAUUGCUUUAUUUAUUCAACACAUUCCUACUCCAAGUGUUCCACUAUUUGAAGCAGCUUCAAAACGCAAGUGGAAGGAACAGUAGAAACCAGCAACCCCAAAAAUAGCUCAUAAAGAUGUAGCAUGUGCCCAAGAGGGAGUUUUGGAGGCACAGCUGAACAUUUGGUUGCUUGGGUUGCGUUUUCUCUGAACAACAGGCAGCAGGAGUCAGAAAAGUGUGACAUUAGGAAGGUGACAAAAACGUAAUGCUGGGAAUGUUGCAGUCAAAUGUCUGUGCUGCUGAUAGAACUGAAAGGCUUCAGAAAAUAUGUGAGCAAAUAAGAUAGGCAAAAGGUCUCCAGAAUGCAUAGAAUAACUGGUACUAGAUUCCAGGGCAGAAAAAUGUGUCUAAAGCGAAUUUAAAACACUUUAACAGCUACUGUGCUGUGUUUGGCUAUAAAAAUGCGCUCAAGAAUGAAGGAAUGUUGGGACUCGUAGUUCAAGAAAGCUUGUCACAUAGGCUGCAUUCACAUGGCAGUGCAUUCUGUUUUCCCAGCGUUUCAUUUCCCAUUUCCCUGACCUCAUCAAGAAAAGAAGGGAGGCAGUUUUUGCAGAUUCUCUGAGCCCCCUGUGCCACCUCUCAAGCUGCUCUGGAGGGUCUGGAUUGGGGCAGAGAAAGCACAAGGAUGUAGGGGAGAGUGGCUUAUCAUCCAAGUGACCAAUUGGGCCUGGAUGCCUAUAUUCUGCACAUUAUGUGCUUCCAAAUAAUUCAUAAGGGAGGCACAACUCUUGGUGCUAUGCUGCUUUAACCAUCAAAAUGGUCAAAGAAUUAAUAUACAGUACAUGCAUGUUCAAGCAGAACUGACAGGCCCUUUUGUGUGCUUUUUUAGCCUAGGGGCCAGCCUGCACCAUCUGAUUUUCUUGCACUCUUCUUUAACACAUGCCCUAGUUCUGUCAUCUUUUGCAGAGGAUUUUAAAGAGAAGAGUAGUGAUCUCUCUGCAAAAGCUUAUGAUUUCCCUUCCUAACCAGCUACCUCUCUCUCCUUCCUUGAAGCAUUUACUUUUAAAGUGACAUUUACUUUUGUGUAUGCAGAUUCUAGCUUCAUAGCUGUUAGAAGGAAUCACUAUAAUUAGUCUGGUCUUUCAGAAUCACUUUUAUGACAACCUGGAUUUUAUGGAAUGACUGUCUCCCUAUCAUUUGAUAACAUGAUUUCUUUUUGGGUCUCACUGUCAGCAUUUUUCUGUCAAGGGAAUUGUAAAUUAUGUUUUCUUUGACAUUAUUCCCUAUGCCCAAAAGAAGUCUCAGACAUCAAAUUAAUCUUCAUAAGUAAGAUACUUUAAAUACCCAUCAUUUUAAAAUGAAAUAGAAAAAUAACACAGCCGUAGCAAAGGCAGCAUAACAAUAUAAAAAACAAUUUUGACCAGCAGCCAACGCAGCAAUUUAAAACCCACCCACUCCAAAAUGCUAUGAUUUUCUUGAAAACUGCAAUGGAACUGGCUGUAUGAGCUUCCCUGGGGAGUAAGUAAUUAAUGCUGUACUUAAGAGUUCUUGAAGUCUCAUUAGAUUUGCUUUCUAAUGACUGUUAGAACCAUUUUCUUUUCUGUUUUUUGGGGAGUCAUGAUCAAUGAUAUCUUGGCUGCUGCUUGCAUGUUGAUGAAAUAAUCACUGAGAGUUUUAUUGCCAGCAAAAUCUAAAUCUUUGAGCCUUCUAAAUUUGAGGCUCUGCUAUUUCCACUCAUGAUACAGCCAUGCAUUCCUAUGCAUAUCAACACCAGAGAAAACCCGAUUGAGUUCAUUUACUUAUCAGUAAGUGAAUUUAGGAUUACAGCCCCCAAAUGACAUUUUAGCAUCUCUUGUGACUGUUUUUGCCACUGCUCUCAAUGCAAGACUAGCAUGCAGACAAUGAUAUAUUCCAGGCUGAAGGUUUCAUUGUAGAUUAAUUUAAGCAUCAACUAGUUUAAGUCUCACUGGUGUGAAGCUCCAGGGUAUAUAUAUGGGGGUUAUCCUAUUUCACUUUAUAACAAGCCUGUGGGGGAGGUUGGGCAGAGAGACAGUGACUCGUCUGAGGCAUCUCAAGUCUCCCUAGUCUAAGCAGACCAAUUUAUCUAUACUGAAUGCUCUCAUUUCUAUAUAUAUAAAAAAUACCAAACCCAUAUUGAAGAGAAUCUGAGUGAAGAGUGUCAGCCAUGCAUACAGUCCACAAUAUGACUGGGACAUUCAGGUGUAGGGGAACCAUAGUGCAUUAUGUCUUGGGUGCACCCUGUCUAUAUUUUGAUCCUGAGCCUAUGUUUUAUUUAACUAGACAUUUGCACACACUUCUUGCUUUUUACACUUACUAGAACCCAUGCCAUAUAAGUCCUUCUGAUGUCUAAGGAUGGAACUUGAUGUCAUAGCAGCUGACCUGUGUGUAAGAGCCAGGUUGUGGAGCACGUGUGGGUGCGAGAAGAGAGCCAAGCUAUUCCCCUGGCUUUGUUUCCCCAUAAAAUUGCUCUGCUGCAGACAUCCCCCCUGAACAUGGGGUUCCCAGACAAGAAGUAACCCCUGCUAGGGAGAAGCCAUUUCAAGGGGGAAAGCAUGGCUGUUGGAAAGGCUCAUGCCACAUUAUAAACAGUCUCUACUUACCUGCUCUCAUAUGAAUCGGCAGUCAUCACUUUCAAUCUACCUACCAGUAUCAUGGUGCUGAAGACCUAUAGCUGGUGGUGGGAACCUGUGGAUGUCCUUGUGGUUGAAUUCUGACUCUCAUCACCCCCAACCAGUAUGGUCAGCAGUCAGGGAUUUUGGGAGUUAUAGUUCAACAACAUAUAAAGGGACACAGACUCCCCAAUCUUGACCUAGAGUUGAACGUGAAACAUUUUUUCUCUUCUCCCACUUCUGGAAAGUCACUGGCAGACCUUCCAAGUGUUCCUAUUUUCCAGGGAUGUCCCUGAUUUAGAGAAGCUAUCCUGGUUUCUGAUUUGAUCCCAGAAUGUCUCACUUUUUCUUAGGAUGUCCCUAUUUUCAGUGGGGAAAUGUUAGAGGGUAUGGAGUUAUCCAAUCCCUCAGCUGUCUGGAGGCAAUCCUGCAUAGGGAAGUUUUUUAAAAAUGUUUUAGUAUGUUUUUUUAUAUAUGUUGGAAGCUGCCCAGAGUGGCUGGGGCAACCCAGUAAGAUGUGUGGGGUAUAAAUAGUAAAAUUCUCAUUAUGGAAUGGGACAUCCCUAUUUCAUCGGAGAAAUGUUGGAGGGUGUGCACUGGUGCCUAGAAUUAGGUAAAUAUAUUACAAUUAUCCAUUGAUUUUGGAAAGCCCAGAGCAUUAAUUAGCAGUAUCAGAAACAGAAAUGUGUUGCUGUGUACUAGAAGAGACCUAAAGAACACUAACGGAAUCAUCUUUAUAUGCCAUGUUUAAGGCCCAGUGAAUGCAUUCCUAUAGAAGCAUGGGAACAGUUACUAGUGUUGUGUAUGAACUUGGCAAUAAUUGAUAAACUAUGGACUGCAACCUUUUUGGGCCCAUGGGCACUUUUGGAAUAUUGGGAAUGUAUUUGACACGAUAAAAAUGGCUGCCACAGAGGUACGCCCACUCACAAAAUAGCUGCUGUGGUGGGUGUGAGGUCAGAACUACCCAUUCCACAGAUGUCAAACUAAUGAACUUGAGAUCAAGUAACUUGCCCAUGAAACUGAGUACAGAUGCGUAGUCUGAGCCCCCAAAUACAAAAUUGUCCCCUUUAACCCACAGUUUUCUACUCUCUAACACACUUUUUACAGAAAGCAAACCACCAGUUUCAGAGAAGUCGAGAUUUCUUCCCCCCCUCUCACUUUACCCUUACCCCAUAUGUUUUUCUCCAUGUGUCCUGAUCACCUAUACACACAUGGACACCUUCCCCCACCCCCAACCCCUGGUGAUCUGGUUUUUUUUUUUAGUCUUCUCUCAGCACCUAUGUUUCCUUUUUGCACUCAGCUAUAGGAAAAAUCCCACCUUCUUGCUGUCUCUUUUCCUUAGAGUCAAAAAGCCCCCUGCAGGUAGCAUCCUAUUAGAACCGUUCUCCCUCUUCUAAUUGGAUGCUACCUGCAGAGAAAGGGAGAGUCAACAGUUGUAAUUGGAUGCCACCAGCAGUGAGCUAUUUUCUCUGCUCUUUUCCAAGUGUGCUCACUAAUCAAAAUGGUAGCAGGGCCUCCAUAGACAACAUGGGAGAGAGUGAAGAGAAACUUGGACUGUGUGGCCAUUAUAAUUUAUAAUUGGUCCAGAGGGGGUCUAAAGAGCUUGAUGGGCAACCUGGUAGGUCUCUGCGGCUGCAAUUGUGUCCAAAGGUGCCACAUUAAGACCCCCAGAAAUAGAGACAUUAGUGGAAAAGAAAGCCUCCAACCCCCGUUAUCCCUGUUUGUGAAGUAAACAUCUUGAAGUAAAAGGAGCAGGAGAGCUGUAGAGUGGCUUUUAUGUCAUAAUUUACCUCAGUACAGCUAAAUUUUAUUUUAAACAUUUCCCCCUUCAGUGCAUUUCAGUGCAGACUGAAAAAUUAUCUUGGAUUUGUAACAAUCUGUUACAGCACAUACCCCAGCUUAAAAUUCUGUGAGAGUGAUAAGCUUUCUUAGUGAGCCGUAUUUCCGUCUGAUGCUGAUCCAGAGCCAGGGGGAAAAAAGUUUCCUUUAGAACAAAGUUAGAACACAGCAAUCUGUUUCUAUAGUUAGCAUUAUCAAGUCUCAGCAAGAAGGAAAAAAUGAUUACUUAAGGGAAGUCUUCCUUAGAGGUCUGCAGGAACUGCAGGGUGCUUUUUAUGGCAGGUUUCUAGAUUUCUUUUCAUCAUCUGAUAAACAAAUGACAUUGAAACUGAAAACUAUUUGAUAUUAUUUUGGAAGAAAUCACUCCAUUUAUAUUUUUGAGCUAUGAAUUUAUUGACGUAUGCAUAUAUCUGCCUGAAAACGAGCCUUCCCAUGUCCAAAGCUUACAAGUGCCUGUAGCACCUUUCAUCUCCGGUUGCUGCAGGCAUCCAUGGAGCAAUUCCUCCAGCCCUCUCUGUAUCAACACUGAUGAGGCUAUUGAACACAUGGCUGCAAUAUAAAUUGGCCCCAAGUUCCCUGGAAAUAUUCAUUGCAAUAGUGAAAGGGAAGGGAGGAAAUCUACUACCCUAAAUUUUGUAAGGGGCACUAGAACAUUGACUUUGCUCAUUAGUGCAAGUAAAUGUUUUUGUAAGUGUCAAUCUCUCAUAAACAGCAAGAGUGUUAGCCUUAAAAGAAGGGCCAAGGACUUAAAAGCAGCAAUUUUCUCCAGGGUAUAUGAAGUGUAGGUGGGUUCUCAGGACGCAAGACACGGUGAUAACAGCAAGAACCUUUAUUGAACUAACAGAACUAAACAAACAAGGGCAAAGCAAGUGCUUAUAUACAUUUCUGAAGGCCUGGGCCACUCCCACUCCCAACAUGAUUGGCUGUCUAAACUUCCAAGCUGCGAAUUGUAACUCAGAGUUUAAGGGCCAAUGGCAGAGGCCCAAAUCCUGAAGUGUUCUGUGAUUGGAUAUCAUGUAUCGAAUCAGAACACAGGGGCUCAGAAUCCUUAGUUCAGACUCAAACUCAGGCAACACAGACCACUGAGUACAUAACAGUAUAACUUUGGUUGCUUAGUGGUUAUUCCAGGAUUGCUCACUGUCUUGUUCUAAUGUAAAAUUCUUUCCAGAUAUAUUUUCCCCAGUGCUUUUUUUCUGGGGGGACGCAGGGGUACGCAUACCCCUAAACAUUUUGUGAAUCUAAGUUUGGCCUCAUUGAGGGGCGGUAUUUCAAUAUGAGUAGGAAAAUGAGAGUAUCCCUAAACAUUUUUUUUUAGAAAAAAGCACUGAUUUUCCCCAUUCCUAAAACAGUGCGCAAACUGUAUAAACAUGCCAUAUUUCUUGCAGCUUUUAUUACCUUGUUUGUCUUUCACUCUUCCUGCUCAGAGGAACACUUUGUUUUUGAAUCUAGCUUAUGAAAGAGACAGUGACUUCAUCAAAACUGUCAGGGAGGUUGAUAGCUAUUCAACUACACCUUCAAACCUGGGCCUCAAACAUUCAAAAAUAGUUAUUACACCACACUGUUCCACCCACAUAUAAGCCUCACAUUUAGGCAUAUGUGCCCAAAUGCUCAAAUAUGAUCUUGGUCUGAUAUGGUAAUAAUACAGGGUGAUUCAUAAUGAAGUAUACAGUUUCAACGCACUAUAGAGGAGAAGAAGAAGAAGAAGAAGAAGAAGAAGAAGAAGAAGAAGAAGAAGAAUGCAAUACAUCUUAUGUUACCUGUAACAGAAUUGUAGGGGAAUGUUUAAAGUUUUUUCAGAAACAGUCACAGAUGUUCUAUGUGUGCACCCUUUGUCACACAACACACAUCAAACCAGUAAUCCAUUUCUGCUCAAAUGCGAGUUAAGAUAUCUGAAUUAAGUGCAGUGAAAGUGGCUGUGAUAUGCUGUUUCAGCUCCGCUAAAUCAACAGGAAGGGGAGGGGUGAAUACCUUGUCCUUUACGUACCCCCACAGAAGAAAGUUUCAAAUUUUUCAUGCCAAUCAUAGGAGAAAAUGCCAUCACACAACAGUAACAGAUUCCGUUUUGCUCAAUUCAAGAACACAAAACACCUUCUCCACUGCAGACGCAGCCAUUUUGCCUGGCUAGUCACGUGACACAUGUGCUAUCGCCUACAUCAUUUCCCUCAGUAGCAGAACACAAACUUUAUGAGUACAUCUACCUCACAGUUUGCAAUUGUGGUCCAUGUUGUUGCCUGUUACUGUCUUACAGCAUCUGGAAACUAUACUUCAUUAUGAAUCACCCUGUAUUAUCUCUCCUUCAAAAAAAUGACAUGAAGUUUGCCAUCCUAAGAAUAUGUAUGUGUGAGAGGAUGAGCAACUCAAUUUGUUCAACCAAUAGGUAUUUUAGAGUGUGGUGGGAUCACAGUUAUCAUUUCCCAUAGUUUUUGAAAUAUCAUAUUUUUUGAUGGAAUCAGUUAAUUAUUGCUGCUAACCACUUUGUAAGUUUUUAUUUUCAUAUUAGUAGAAUGUCUUUUUAUCAGUAGUAAGCUUUUGGAUGUUGUUGUUUCACUUAAAAUAUGGGGUUUUUUUGUAUUGUGUCUAUUAAGAGUUGGUGUUCCACAAAGAAUAAAUUAUCUAUGUAUCCACUAUUGCUUCUACUGUGCAUAUUUUCUUUCAUCUUUUUCUUUCUUCAGGGACACCUUGAUAGUAACUUGUACCAACAGUGCCACAAGUAUAUUUGCAGGCUUUGUCAUCUUCUCCGUUAUUGGUUUUAUGGCAAAUGAGCUCAAAGUAGACAUUGAAGAUGUUGCCGACCAAGGUAUGAGAGUUUGUUUCAAUUUAUGAAUGGUAUAGCAUGGGGUAAUGGGUUGUGUUUUUUUUUUCUGGUUUGUAAGUCAGCCUGCAAAUGUACAUUAUUCAGAAUCCUGGGGUGGGGGCACUACCACAGGAUCCCAGUCUGGAUUGGGUUUACUGUGCCCCCAUUUGUAUAUUGGGGAAAAUAACUCCUAUUGGAGUAACUUGGAGAUUUUUCUGCAAUGCAAAUUGUAUAUGGGAGGUCCCCAGUCUGGAUCAAGACCCUGGCCUAGGAGGUAGGACGGUUUUAAUAAUUUGCUCCUCUCUGUGACCCCAUUCUGGACUGGGCAUACAAUUUGCAUGAGUGAUAAAAGCUCUCAACAUGAGGUUAUUUUCAGAUGUAAAUUGCAGGUGUGGGCCAAGGAGGACAUGCCCUGAAGGGCCAUAUGGAAAUUCUCCAAGGGCCACAUCUAGCCCACAGGCCAGAGAUUUCUUAUCUAGCCAUAGAGGUUCUGAAUUGGGCUCUGGAGCCAGUGAUGAGCUAGAUGAGGGUAAGGAAACUAAACUUACCGUAAAUCUAGACGAGGUGCUAUUAGUCAAAGGCUUACCUGUCCAGGGAUAGAGUAUCAGCUUGUUAAGGAUGGGGUUACACACCCCUUAAAACAGGCCUGGGGAACUUGUAGCCCUCCAGAUGUUGCGUUGGCACUUCUACCACCCCUGAUUGUUGGCCAUGUUGGCUGAGACUGAUGGAAACCAGAGCCCAACAAGACUGGAGAGCCUUGUGUUUACUUAAACAAUUUGUAUACUUAAUCACAGUUGUCUCUAAGCAGUGUAGAAAAGACUCAAUACAAUAAGACUAAAAAUGAGUUAAAGUUAUAAAAUCCUUUAUAACUUUAAUUGAAUCCUAAUUAAAGUCUGCUGAAAUAAAAAGGAUUCAGUAAGUACAGGGAGGGGACCUGACUGACCUCAUCUGGAAGCGAGUUCUACUUCUGAAACUCAGCAGAUGUUCUCAUGUGUGCCCAACUCUUAGUGGCCAUAACUCUUGCCUGACAUUAAUUUAGGGGGUCCAAAUCAAGGGGGAUCUGAAAUUUCAUUUUCUGCAAUUAAAUUUUCCCAGAGGGCAUGAUGAAUUUUAGAAACUCAUUAUUUUGAUUCCUUAAUUUACUUUCCACAUGUAAGAAGCUAGUGCAAACAGCCGCCUUAUCUAUAGUAGUCAAGAAGAAAUCUUUAAUCAAGAGAUGAAAGAGCAUGCUUAUGAAUAUAUAAGGUCCCCUAAGCCUUCUUGCGCAGAAAAGCUGGCAGUUAGCAGCAGGUUUUAAAGAGAGUUGCUUGCAUCACAUCACAGAAAUAAAAAUAAUCUUCAACCAACAAUUCUUUUAAUGCUUGUCAUAGUUCCCAAACAUUUUGUGAAGUACCUAUUUAAAUUAACUCUCUUGCUGCUGAAUUAUACCAGCCCUACUGCAUUACAAUGUAGUGCAAAAAAAACAAAACAAAAAAAACUGAUGGGGAAGGGGAAUCUGUCUCCUGUAAAUAAAACACAAAGUGACAAUGAAGAAGGCUUUUCACCGAAAAAGGAAUUGUGUUUGUGCCUCAAUUAAAACCAGUAGGAUUAAUGAGGGACAGUGGAUGUCUUUCAUAAUAAUUUUUAUUAUUAUCAAUCAACAGAUAAAUAUUAGUUUCUUGUGUUCUAGGUCCUGGGAUUGCCUUUGUAGUAUAUCCUGAAGCUUUAACCAGGCUUCCUCUUUCACCUUUCUGGGCUAUAAUUUUCUUCUUGAUGCUUCUAACACUUGGCUUGGACACCAUGGUAAACUUGCCUUCUUUCACCUACCUUGCUAUUGUUACAGGACCACUUUGUCACUGGAGGGAAAAUUUGAUUAAUUUUUAACGUAAUUGGUUACAAGCAGGAGCCUAGCACAUACCCAAGGUUUUCAGGCAAAAUAAACAUACAGGCAGUACAAUUGUAUGCAUGUCUGCUUAGAAAUAAAUCCGACUGAGUUCAGUCCCAGGUAAGUGUGUGUAGGAUUAGAGCCAAAACUGAUUUUGAGGUUAAACCCCAGUGCUAGAAUUGACCUCGGUGAAAAUAUGUCACAGCAGGAGCCAUGCAGAAGUUAAUUACCACAUUCAAGUCGCCUUUGGGAUCGAAGAAGAAACAGAAAGGUGUUAAUCAGGCAGACCUGUAAAGAGAGUGACCCACAUACUGUGACCAAACUUGAGCCAAAAUCAAAGUGGAGGUUUUCACUUCAUGGAAGGGGCUGGACAGUGGUUCCAAACCCCCUUCAUUCCAUAGACCACCUGAAAAUUGUUGAGGGUCUUAAUUAUUUUCCCCCUGUUGUAUUGGUUUUACCCAUCCUUACUUGCUAGAUGCUGUAUUGGUUUUACCCAUCCUUACUUGGUUUCUCUCAAUGAUACCACUCAUAUUGAGAAUAUCUAGGCUGCUGAGGAGGAAAGAAGACUUCUGUUUCAAGGGAGGGGGAGUGAGGUGUCAUGCAGCUGAUUCCAUGCAUACUUACUCAGAUGUAAGCCUCACCAAUAUUAAUGAUAAAAAUGCAUAUGACUGCAACCUUAGAAGGUUGGUCUCAUGCACCUCUGCUCAAAAGUGUUCUCUGUGGUGUGUACUUGAAAGUAAGGAUCGUGGUUUACAGCCUAGAAAACUUAAUUAGUAUUACUCCUCCUUACUGGUGUCUCUCAACAAUACCAGUCAUAUUGAGAAGGUCUAGACUGUUGAGCAGGAAAGAACAACUGCUUCAAAGAGGGGAAUAAGAGGGGUAUACAAAAUGGAAGGAGAAGGGAAGGAAACAUGGUGUUUGGGAACCUGUGGGCUAGAGGGCAGUUGGCUCAAACUUGGCUGUAUCAGGCAAACCAGGGGCAGGUAAGCCUACUGGCAUGAAGUAAACUAUUGUCCUAGCAGGAGGCUGAUGUUUCCAAGUAUGUAGAUCCACAGGGGUCAAGGAGAACCAAUUUUGUAGAGUUGUGGGUUGGUGAUGAAGCUGGAGGAAGUGAUGAUGUCUGGAAACAAGACUGCUUGGGGUGUAUUUGGAAAGGCAGGAUAGGUGUUGGAAGUAGGCACCCUUUUCAGCAUACUUCAAGGUGUCUGAUGUCACCGUUGGAGAUCAAUUCAAUCAUCAAGUAUUGCCAUUUUAAGGCAUAUGGUGCAAGAGGGCCAGAAACAUUAUGUGGAAUCGUGUUGCUUCACUGUUUUGCAUCUCCAAUGCCACAAACGUAUGUGUAAAAUUGCUCCAGUGGAUCAUUUGAACUUAUCAACCCUUCACUCAGCGCUAUCUGAGUAGUUUUGUAUGUUUUAAAAAUUAUUUAGAUUGUGCAGGCCAGCAUAGAAUCAUAGAAUUGUAGAGUUGGAAGGAACCCCACGGGUCAUCUAGUCUAACACCCUGCAAUGCAGGAAUCCUGCCCACAGCUCUCCCUGGGUAGGCUCGAACCACCAACCUUCUGGUUAACAGCCAGACACGUUGUCCCAUCUGCACCUUCUUAUUCAUUCUUGCUAUUUAACCCACAGUUAAUGCAGAUUAUUGUGUGCAAUCUUACAGGAAUAGCUUGGUGUAGGGAUCUACAUUUUGCUGAGUAGAAGAGUCAACUAGAUGAUCUUCAAAGAGCUUACAUACCAGUUUCUGUUUCAUAGAGUGGUUUUAGCAGCAAUAUUACAUAUGCCAUGUUAAACAAAAUGUGUUUUUGUGUGUUUGAUUACUAUUGUCUUACUUGUUCUUUUUUGAUAUUCCUUAGUUUGCCACUAUUGAGACGAUAGUGACAUCAGUUUCAGAUGAGUUCCCAAAGUACUUACGUACUCACAAGCCUCUGUUUACUCUUGGAUGCUGUGUCUCCUUUUUCAUCAUGGGCUUUCCUAUGAUCACUCAGGUAAAAGUGUUGCCAUAAUAUGUACACAUUACAUCCCAUGAUUUCUCCUAUUGCAACAAGGUCUGUUCCUACAAUUGGUAGGAAGAAGUCCAUGGGAUUAUUAGGUUUUCAAACAAAAUGCAUGGAUCAAAGUGAAAUUUUAUGUGUGACAUGUGAUACUGUGGGAUUUAACAAGAUUACAAAAUAUGAUUUGGCAUUAAGGUAAUAUCUGCAUUCUUGCAGUACCUUAUUAUCAUGAAUAUUACAUUUUAUACCACAGGCACUUCAUUUUUUAAAUUUUUCAUCUUAAUUGAGAACAGAUCUGUUCUGUGAUGCAAUGCAUUCCAGUAUGUAUCAGGUGGGAAGAAGGAAUUGGACCAUGCAUCUGCCAAUGUAUGAGACAGAAUGCAUAAAAUGGUCUUGCAUGUGGGCUCAGAUUCCAUAUGGAACUGAAAUAUAAUGGAAUUUCUUAGUUCAUGGAAUUCAGAGAGUGUUUCCAGAGUAGGUGGGCUACAUGAUGGCAAGCAGCAGUAAUCUAAACAUUUUCCUCUCUGAAAAUAUUUAGUUGGUUGAGUUGCGAUACAUUAUCUCCUAAUAUCUUUUGGCAUUUCUGUUAGUAAUUACCUGUUUACUUUUAGGGUGGAAUGUACAUGUUGCAGCUUGUGGACACCUAUGCAGCAUCCUACUCUCUUGUUAUAAUAGCCAUUUUUGAACUUGUUGGCAUUUCAUACAUUUAUGGUAAGAAAACAAUGUGCUAUAUAUCUAGAUCACACAGUGAUAAGUACAUGUGAAAAUGUGUUGAGUUGCACACAACUAGUCCCACUUUUAGAAACAAAAGACUUUUAUCAUUUAAUGGUUUGAAAAUCAAACAUUUCUCUGGAAUUUCACUCAGAGUAAGAAAACUUUAAUCUUUUUUAUAUUGCUGCAGCUGGACUGCUUAGAUAAGCAAGUCAUUUGUUAUAGAUAGCACUUUGUUAAAAUUAAAGUGGAUGUUCAGUUAAUAGCAAUAUAGGCUAUAUAAAAGUAAUGGUGAGGCAUACCAGCCAGAUCAAUUUGUGUGGUACACAAAUAAGAAUAUAGGUUCACAGUAGCCAAGGUUCAGGUUCUAAUAAUGGCUUAAUAACGAUGGUACACUCAUGCACUUUUAGUUUGUAUAAAUACAAUUAGUAAGUCAUAUAAUGUUUGUAAGCAAUACAAAUGCAAAGUGUGUUUGUAUGGAAAGGCACAAGUAAUAUAAAUAAUUUGUUCUUAGUAGAUAGCACCCACUGCUUUUGUCUGAAUGCCUGCUUUAAACAAUUUGAAUAACUUAAUUAGGACAAUGACCUGUAAUAAUAGCUUAUCAGGAGCACACACCUUCUCCCCACCAGUUAUCUUGCAAUACACUGUGAAUUGCAAGAAAAUAAUAUGUCUUGGAUGUAUGGAAAUUUCUGCCUCCAGUUUUCAGAGAGUGGCAUGAAGUAUGAUUUUUUAACAGUAUAAUAUCCAGGUUUAUGUUGUCAGAAGACUCUGAAGAAUUCAAGUUCUGAAGGCUGCAAUCUUCAAAUCAACUACCUUAGGAAUCAUUCCACCAUAGGCACUAAGAAUGCUAUUCAUAUAUAAUCUGGGAAUUGCAGUCCCUUCAUGUGUCUGAGUCUUGCUUGCACAUCUCCAGUACCUUAUGAUUGUACAUGUGAAAUAUGACAUGACCACAACCAUUUCGCUCAUAUCUGAGAUUAGCAUUUUCAUAGUUGAUGGCUGUGCAGGUAUGAUGUUGCCUACCAUAUUUAAUGUUAGAAAUUAAGCACUGUCGUUAGCCCUGCUCUUCCUUUUCUGAAAAUGUACAUGUCUUGUCUCUCAUUGUUGGAAGAUUAGAGAAUACACGAAAGAAGUUAUUUUAUAUUUUCAUUUAUGAACCUUGCAAGGAGGCUAAGAAUACAGCACUCUGCUGUCACCCCAGUCUGUUCAAGGGUAUCUGGUUUCUUCUACAAUAUAUACUGAUAUUGCAGUUAAGACAUUCCUUUGUGCAAUUAAGUAAUAUUUUGUGACAGAUCUUGUAGGGAAACUAGAGUUUCUGAGUGUAUGAUAUGUUUGGUAGAUUGUAGGCACAGAUUGUCUGAUUAACUGGGGGGGGAAAUCUGUCAGUCAGUUGAGCUUAUUCGUUUUAAUUUCCACCUCCUCAAAGUCAUUCUUAGAAAUACACCAGUUCCUGAAAUUUUAAGAAAAUAGGAAAAAUAAAAGCUCACGACUUUAGAAGUGGAGUGUGAAAAGUGUUGACGUGAAUAUAAAGGAUAUUUACUAUCAUCUUGGCAUGGUGGGGUUUAAACAAAAGUCAACUAUCUUGAUAAGCUGAUCAGAGAUUUGGUAGUUGAGGUUUUGGUAGGUGAACCAGCAAAUCCAUUAAAAAGUAGCACAAAUCUCUGCACAGAACUAAGUGGUAACCAAGAGCCUUAUAGGUAAGGAAGUGGCUGCUUUUGAAUAAUUCUUUUUCAUCUUCUUUCACAUUAUGCCAUCAGAUGUCCCCAAGACCAUCCGUGCUGCCUGUGUUUCCUUUCUCACUGACUCCUUGUCUAUAUCAGAGAGGAUCUCAUGCUCAGUUCCCAUAAACUCUAGGCUAACGACAACUGCUUUAUUCAGCAUGAGAAAUGAGCAGGAUGGCCAGCGGAGAAAUAAGCUAUGAAUUGUCUCUUUGUGCACUUCUAUGUUACGGAUGUAGAGAACAGGAGCUAUGAUUCUUGGAUUCCCAAAUGGGUCCUGUUGUCACUUUCCCCACUCCUCUUCAUAAAACAUGCUUGCACUAUAGUCUGCAGUGGCACCUCUGUUCAUUUAGUCACACUAACAACUGCAACUGAAUUCUUUUGUGUAUGUGCAUCUGCUGCCUACAUUGGAAUUAACGUGUAUCUUCAUGUGCCUAUUUGAACCCAGAUGGAUUUCUAGAGAAGGGCAGAGUCCUGCACAUUCAUGAAGUUCCCACUAUUGUAAGAAUAGGUAUGCUGGAUCAGACCAAAGGUAGCUAUCCCAGUGUCCUGCUUCCCACAGUAGCCAACCCUAUAUAUUUUGGAAGUCUGCGAGCAGAGCUUGAAGGCAAUACUCCAUUGCUUCCCAGUGACUGAUAUUCACUGGCAUACUGCUUCUGAUUUGAAAGGCUCUAUAUAACCUUUACAGCUUGCAGCCAUUGAUUGAUCUAUUGUUUCCACAGGCCCUUUUAUUUUCACUCCCUUUCUUAAGGAUUUGCAGCAUAGCAUUUUCACUGAUACUGUACACUACGUUUGUUUUUACUGACAAGAGCACUUUUCUAGCUAGUCACUACCUGUUCAUUUGGGAUCUUUUGUCUCAGUGUGCAUCAUUUCACACACACAUGAAGUCCCAUUUGCCAUUUUUGUUGCUUGUCUUUCUGUUUUGGUGACACCCUUUUUUUGGAGCUCUUUGCAGCCUAAAAGAGUUUUCAUAACUCUGAAUAAUUUGAUGUCAAUUAUGGCAGAUGGUGAUCUAUGAGCGCUUUGGGUUAUUUUCCAUUCCAAAGCCAGCAGUGAGAAAGUCCUGGGCUUACACAGGCAGUGUUGACUGGAUUACAGGCAAGCUAGAAAAUUGCUGGGAAUGUAAAAUGAUUCCCGAAGGCAAGCUAGUAACUGAACUGUGACAAGCAGGGAGAGGCAGUCUGAAAGCAGCUCAGCCAGUGCCUGAGUGAUAAGUUGUUGUGAUUGAGUAGCCCAAGCCAUUGUUUAUCGUACUUUUGAUGCCUUUCAUCAAAUGAACCCUACUGGGUUAGUAGCUGGCCACCCACAGCAGUAGUGCUGAAGAGUAAAAGAUAGCAGGGCAACAACCCUUCCUUUAGCAAUAUGCUAUAUGCACAGGGAGAGUAAGCCUUUGAGUCUCACUGCCAGAAUCCAGGCACUGGAUCUCGUAAGAAGAAAUGAGAGAUCUGGAUAACUGAGGCUGUACCAUGUAUGGCAAAUAUGGUUUCACCAUUUAAGACAGCUUUUCCCAACCUAGUGCUCUUCAGAUGUUGUUGGUCUACAGCCCCAGCCAGCAUGGCCAAUGAUCAGGCAUAUCAAUGUAAGAAGAGGAUCAGGCCAAUGGCCUAUCUAGUCCAGCUUCCUGUACUUACAGUGGCUAACCAGUUGCCUGUGGGAAACCCGAAAGCAGGACCUGAGUGCAGCCACACUGUCCCCACUUGAGAUUCCCAGAAGCAUACUGCCUCUGACAGUGGAGGUGGAACAUAGCCAUUGUGGCAAGUAGCCAUGGAUAGCCUUAUCCUCCAUGAUAGGAAUUGUAGUCCAGGACAUCUGGAGAACAUUAGUUUGGGGAAGUCUGUUCUAAGAAAUUGCCAGUUUCUCACAAUCAACUAUUCCUAUUGGUAAAGGAACCAAGUCAUGUUUGGAAACCAAUUGAUGCUCGCAGCCUGUUUCCGUGGAAACCAACGGAAGCCAUAUGUGUCCUCAUCCAAUAAAAUUUGGAACAAAAUAAGCUGCUGACAGAUCUCUGAGUCAGAAGUGGGGAAUAUCCAUAACAGGAAUGUGUAGUCUGUAGAUUUGUGAUGGAGUGAGGUUCUUUUCUCUCUCUGCCUGUACCUUUUAACAACAGCAACUGCAACAUCCCAAAUCGCUGCACCAGAUGUUGUUUAUGAAAUGGGUGAUUGCGUACUGCUGUAUGUCUCAAGAAGGAAGCAUUAAAGUGUCAGGCAUCUCUCUUUACAUCUUCCAGUUUGACUUACUGUAAAUGAAUUGAAUACUCGCUGGAUAUAUUGCGAGGCGUUUCAACUUUAAGACCCGCUUAUAAGAUUUGUAUUGCCCCUUUGUGCUAUUUUAUUGUAAUAGAAACACAUUACAGACCUAGCUGGAAGUGGAAAGAAUUCUCAUAAAACAGCAUCCUUACAAGCUAUAAGAAACUCGCACUUAGAGAGAAUACAAAAUGGGUGCUAUUCCUGCCUCUAGCAGAGCAUUCCUGGCUAGCCAUUUCCUCCAGCUCUGCUAAGGGAUUGUUGAGAGUCAGCUAAGCUGGUUUGCUUACAUGUUUAACUGGUAAAUUGGAAACUGAAAGUUUCAAAAGAUCAAGAGUUCAGUAGAGUCAGGAGUUCCUGACUCUUCUCUCUUUCAUCCUGAGACAGAUUAUCAAGCAACAUUCAGGGAUGAGUUGGUGGAUUUCACAGCUCUGUUAAGCAUAAGCAUAAGAGAGCUGAGCUGAGCGACCCAAAAUAAUCUGAGAGAGUUAGUAGUUCAUCCUUCCUUUCUCUAAAAAAUAUUGACCCAUCCUUACCCUGGAAAAAACUGACCAGUCUUGCUUCUUCCCUUUGUCUCACUCUUGCUCUUCACUCUUUCUGUCUUCACUUUCUUUUCCCAAACCCCACUCUUCAUCUCUCUCAUUGUCCUCCACUUAAACUGUCCAGCCAACAUUACAAGUGGUUUUCUUCCUAUCAGAUUCAAAAGUCUAUAUUCUAACCUUGUCCCACUUGAUCUUUCUGCUACCUUCUAUACAUCUGACCUUCACCCUGACUAUUUUCAUACCUUAGAAACGUAGAAUUAAAUAGCUCAGCAUUGUCUACAGUGGUUCUCCUGAGCCUUGGGUGAGAGGGUUUUUCCUAGAUGCUAGCGACUGACUAUGGACUUUUUGCAUGCAACAACAUGUGCUCUACCACUGAGCUAUCACCCUUCCUUUCAGCUUUCACAGUUUUGUUCUCUUCCUGUCAGUUUGCUUACUCAAUAAUGCCACUUGUGGGGUGCUCAUCUGCUUCACCCCACUCUGUCUGGCUACUUCAGGGGUCUGCUCUUGGUCUUCACUGUGCCCCCUGUACACGGCCUUGAGUCAUCACAGCAAAUGUCAUGGAUUUUACAACCACCAGUAUAACGAUGACACCUAAUUAUACCUCUCUGCCCCAGAACUGUCCCUCUGUCCAGUCCUGUAUACCCAAUCCAUCUGAUAAGUCUGCUUCCAUAUCUUCUCGUCAUGACAUACUCAACGUGUCCUUCGAAUCCCUUUCCCACUUAAUCACUCUUCAUUUCCAUCAGCAACAUCACUGUUCUCCAUUGACAGUGCCUUGAGGGUAGGAAUCUCUCUAUUUUUGUCUAUGCAACUCAACCCAGCACAGUGGUCACUGAUGGUACCAUAAUACAAAAUCCCUGAAAUAUAUUGACUCUCCUUGUGUUGACAGGAAUUCCUGCAGGAUAACAGCUUUUUUUCUGGGGGUACUCAAGGGUAUGCAGUAGUGGCACCUUUUUUUCUAGAAGAAAAGCACAGAAGAGAAGUCUGCUUGAGGCCGGUAUGGCUGGGUGGAGGGGAAAUGGAUGAAAGCAGCAUUGGUGUCUGAAUGGUGCAGCAGCACUUGUAAUGAUUCUAGGCCAUUUGGCCCCCAUUUAGGCUGCAAAAUGCCUUGAACCAGACCUGCCUCUGAAUCUUGACUGUAUGUCAAACCCCUUACUUUCCCUCACAUACACAUUAUUACAACUUGGCACAUUUAAUUGGUAAAGUGCUCACAAAUUAUUACUCUACAACAUUUGGUCUCCUAGUGAUAGGAUCAGACAGUUCUGUUCUUUUCUAGCUCUCAGUAUGUCCUUUCAGAGUCUGUGCUGAUGUUAUGUUUUCCAGCAUGAGAUUAAUAACUAUGAUGGGAAAACAUGCACAACGUGGCAUUCAACAGUUCAUGUGAGUGUAGAUUAUCUUCCUCGCUGCCCUUCCUCCUCCACCUCAAUGGAUCAGCUGAUAGCUUUGCAAGUGCAUUCAGGAUUGUGUAUGUGCAUGUAUGUAUAUGUGAGGUAGAAUAAGACACUUCUUGUAGCACUUCAGUCACUGGUCUUCACAUAUGAUUUCUAUCAUAAUUGUACGUAUAUUAGGAAAACCUAGCCUAAUUUUAGUUUUACCGAGCAGUUGCCAUAGUUUGCCAUAUAUAAGGAUUUGUCUAAAUUUGAAAUUUGAAGGACAAACCAUCUUUAAACAUAUUCCUCUCUGUGUUGAUGCCAUUGGGUGACCUGCUGUGCUAUCACACCAGUCUGUAAGUCACCUGCCAGCCUUUGACUUGCAGUGCCUUCUGUGCUAUCCAGCCCUGGCCUUUUCCAAGUGCCAUUGCCAUAGCGGCAUUAACCCUAAUACCUUGCAAUCUUAAGAUGACUAAUUAUUAGUAACAAGCGUAUCUGAAUUCUCCAUCCCCUGACAGCUUUGGACUAAAUUCACAGCACUUCAGGUUACAGUGGUGCCCCGCAAGACGAACGCCUCGCAAGACGGAAAACCCGCUAGACGAAAGGGUUUUCCGUUUUGGAGGCGCUUCGCAAAACGAAUUUCCCUAUGGGCUUGCUUCGCAAGACGAAGCCCAUAGGGAAAUCUCGGGGGACCUCUUUUAAUGGCUCGGGGUGGGGCCCACCGCCGCCCCCCCCCCCCCGGCCUUCAGAAGCGGCCCCGGACGGCUGGCGGGGGCCGAAAGGCUUGGCUCCCCACCGCCAGCAUUUUAAAAGCAGUCCGGGAUAGCAGGGAAGCGCUUCCCGCUAUCCCGGACGGCUUUUGAAGGCAGGAGAGGUCCGCGAAGCCUGGGCGCGCUGAUCUCAGCGCGCGCAGGCUUCGGCAUGCCGGCAACUCUCCGCAAGCAGCGGCAGCGCUGCCGCUGCUCGCGGAGAGGUCCGCGAAGCCUGGGCGCGCUGAUCUCAGCGCGCGCAGGCUCGGCAUGCCGGCAACUCUCCGCAAGCAGCGGCAGCGCUGCCGCUGCUCGCGGAGAGGUCCGCGGAGCCUGGGCGCGCUGAUCUCAGCGCGCGCAGGCUUCGGCAUGCCGGCAACUCUCCGCAAGCAGCGGCAGCGCUGCCGCUGCUCGCGGAGAGGUCCGCGAAGCCUGGGCGCGCUGAUCUCAGCGCGCGCAGGCUUCGGCAUGCCGGCAACUCUCCGCAAGCAGCGGCAGCGCUGCCGCUGCUCGCGGAGAGGUCCGCGAAGCCUGGGCGCGCUGAUCUCAGCGCGCGCAGGCUUCGGCAUGCCGGCAACUCUCCGCAAGCAGCGGCAGUGCUGCCGCUGCUUGCGGAGAGGUCCGCGAAGCCUUGGCUGGACAGCUUUUGAAGGCAGGUGGGGGGACAAAGACUUUCGCCCCCGCCAACCUUCAGAAGAGGUCCAGGACCUCUUCUGAAGGCUGGCGGGGGCAAAAGUCUUUGUCCCCCUGCCUGCCUUCCCAGGGGCUUUAAAUUGCCCCGGACAGCGGAGAAGUCCUCCGCUGUCCCGGGGCAAUUUUAAAAUGCCGCCCGCCAGCAUUUUAAGAUCGCCCGGACAGCGGAGAAGCCCUCCGCUGUCCCGGGUUUUUAAAAUGCUGGGGUGGGUGGGAAGAAAAGCCCUUGUCCCCCCAGCCUUCAGAAGAGGUCGGGGGACAGACUGUCCCCGGACCUGGUCUGAAGUCGGUUUCCCUAGGAACGCAUUAAUUGAUUUUCAAUGCAUUCCUAUGGGAAACCGUGCAUCGCAAGACGAAAAACUCGCAAGAAGAAAAAACUUGCGGAACGAAUUAAUUUCGUCUUGCGAGGCACCACUGUAUUUACAUCAUAGGCUUUUGAAUAACAGUCCAAGACAUUUUGGGGCCCUGAGGCAACAGAGACAGAUAGUGUAUCCCCAUGGUGGUAAAAAUAUUGUAAUAAACUAAAUACUUUUACUGCCCUUUAAUGUCUGGGAACAUAAGAAACCUAGAGCAGGGAUGGGGAACCUGUGUCCUUCCAGAUGAUGAUGGGUUCCAACUCCCAUCAGCCCCGCCAGCAUGGUCCGUGAUUAGGGAUGGUGGGAGUUGUCAUCUAGCAACACCUGGAGGGCAUUAGGUUCCCCAUCUCUAUUCUAGAGCACCAGACUAAAGGUUUAUUUAGUUCAGCAGCCUCUUUUCCACUGAUAAUUCUGGGAGACUCUUACAUAGGAUAUGAUGCAACAGCACGUGUUGUUUGGCCCCUCCAAUUUUGUCUCACAAGGAAGCUUAUAGAACAAUAUUGUAGUGUGAGGUCUGUCCACAAGUUACACUUAACACAGGUACAAGCUGUCUUGACAUAUGUACAAGUGUUUGUGUGUGUAAAAGUGUACACUUGUUGCUUUGUAAAACAACCAGGUGUUCUUCCACCCUUUAAAAAGUGAUGCUUUAAGCAAGUGUUGCUCUCUUAGUGUAAUGUGUUUACAUGCCUCUAAGCAGAUAAAACAGCAUGUCUGUAGGGGGAAGAAAGCCUUUCUAAAACAUCUUAAAAAUGCUUACAAUUCCUAUUCUGUAUCUGUAAUAUGAAACUGCUAAGAAACAUUUCUGUGCUAUUCAUGUCUUGACCACUGAGUGGCGCGAGUGAAAUGUCAAUCCUUACAUUUGUUGCUUACUUUUACUCUCUCCACAUUGACUGUUGUUACUGUGAAACACUUAAUAGUUACAGAAAGAAAACCCAUGCCCUCAUAUUUUUCUCAUAUCCAUUUAAGCCCAUGCUCUAAACUUUGAGACUGAGUUAAAACCAUGAACUAAGCAAAUGUAUUUGGAUUUCUAUUCAGUAUUUAUUCCCAAGCCUUUAUGGCAGUUACCUUUUCUAAGUAUCCAAAAGGGCUUGAAAUGUGUAUUUUUGAAGGAAAGCUGGCACGCCUACUGCUUUAUUGUCAGUGAUACAAGUUUAGGAAAUAACAAUAGCUCUAAAAGUUCUGAGUUGUGAUAAAAUACCUGGCAACCUUGGACUGUAAAUAUAUUUGAAACAGAAGUCUGUUCCUUGUUUAUUUCUCUUCUGCUGAGAUCCCCAAGUAGCCCUUUUCUUUGUAAAUAAAUUUAUACUUCAUGCUUAUGUUGCUUGCCUUUACAACUCAGCCACAUUUAACCAUCAGAAAGGCUUUUGAAACUGUAUAGAAACCUGCACCACCUGCUUAACUGGAGGUGAAACUGGGAUGUGUUUACACCCUGUGAACAGCAGCAAUCAUUAUUUCAAAUGUCUGUCAGUUCUCAGUGAGAUCUAUCACCUGGCUCCUGCCUGUGUGACAGUCCGUCACAAUAAUAGGUGAUGCUCAGACUGAUCGUUGUAGCAGUAAAUUAAGAUGGGUAGGAUGUAUGCCCUAUCCUGCUUUCUUCUUCCAUACAAAUAGGCCUUUUCAGCUAUUUAGCUGAAUUAGAGUUUCUCAGUUCCAUGCUGCCUAUGGAAGCUGAUAUGUCUGGAUGCUAAUUCUACCCUUGUGCACGCCCAGGUUUUUUAGUGGUACAAAAGAAGCUGCGUCUUGCGCAAGCUCAGUCACACACACACACACACAGCCCCUAUAUAACUGGUGUCCUGCUUGAAACAAGCUGCCUCAGUUUUGUGGCAUAUCUGUACUUCAAAGUAUAAACCUUAAACUAGUAAAGCCAUGAUAUCAAUUUAGACUUGAAUAAAUGUAUUCCCCUGGUCAUCCAUAGGAGAGCUGUUAGUUGUCCCCUGUGUUACAGAAGCCCAGGCAUUUAGUGUCACCAGUCCCACUCUCUUCCAGCAGAGAUUUCACAGGCAGCCUCAAUUUUGACUUUCAGCCAUUUCUUGAAGUCAUUUUUAUUUCACCAGGGCUUUGCAGCUAUUUAAUUAAUACCUUGAUUAUUCAGUCACCUUAAUCGGCAUUGCAUAGUUGUUGUUGUUGUUGUUGUUAUUCUAAACUUUAAAAAGCAGCCAUAGGUGAUCAGUGUUUUGGACCAAGUCAAAUAGCAGCUUUGGGGUAGAGAGAGAGAGAGAGAGAGAGAGAGAGAGAGAGGAUUUUUAUUAGAAUUUUGACAUGGGAGAAAGGGUCAUUGUGGUCCCAGUUCUGACCAGACACACCCACUCCCUACUGGUGACUGCAAUUUAAAAUUUCCAAGUAAGAACCAUACAACGUCAAAUUGCACAUUUAACUUAUGGUAAAAAUGUAACUUAGCAUGUUUACUUAUCCAGGGUAUGGUCUUGAAGGCACAUAAGACUACAACCUUGCUGAAGCUAAGCAGGCCUGAGUCUGGUCUGUGCCUUGACAGGAGACCUCCUGGAAACCACGAUUAUGCCACCUUGGAUUCCACAACUGAAGCAAAGUGGAAUAUAAGUCAAAACAAAAACACCAAAAUGUAGUAUGGUACCAAUAAAUUUCUUCUGAAUUUACUGGGGGGGGGGGGUUGGCUAAGCGUUCUUGUACAGGUCACAAAAGAUUUUUGUUGUUGUUUUAAAUCUCCCACAUUGCUUAGUUGAAAAUCAAUUUUUCACCAGCUCGCUUCUCUUCUCUUUUUAAUAGUGCAUAAACAACUUCUGAAAGUGAUACAUUCCAGGUUAAAAGGCAUUCUUAGAGCAACUGGUAGAAGCAUCCUUAACAGUGCAUUCUGAGCCAUGUCUACUCAGGAGUAGCUUCUACUGGAUUCAGUGAGGUUCACCCCCAGGAAAAUGCAGUUAGGAUUGUAGCCUUCAGAGGUGCUACCUAAACUUGCAGUACCAUUUCUCUUUUUCUCUCCAAAUACGCUUUCAGCUUGAUGUGUUAUAUCUCUUAACACAAUCACUAGUUUACCACUUGAGUAACAUAUUUCUCUGUGUAUUUAGUAUUUUUAAAAUAACAACAAUAAGCAGGUUGUCUUUGGGUAUUUAGUUCUAGUUACAUGUUCUAUUCACUGAGCUCUCCAGUUUUUAAAUUAGAAAAGAGGGGGAAAAACCUUUUCUAAGGAUUGUUUCAUUAGUUCUGUAUUGUAAUCCUACCCCAAACUGGCAAGCAUUCCACAUGCAUACACAAAAAACAUUAAUUUGCCAUUUUCUCAGAUUAAGAGUGAAUGAUUAGUAAGGCGCUAUUAGGGCUUCACACUGCAUGUCAUAAAUCGCAUGCAUAAUCCUCAUUUACUUUAUUGUGAAAUGCAAGGCAAUGCACAAAGAACUAUAAGCCAGUGGAAAAAAAGAAUCAUUUUUAAACUAAAUUGCUUUCAUCCACUUCUCUCUGCACCCUUGCCAGAAUAAUCAAAACUAUCUUUAUUUUUAUUCUUCCUUAAGGACACAAUGAAUGCUCAGUUAGUUUCUUUCUGCAAGAAUAGCCUCAGGAGAGAGAAGUAAAAUUGCACUGUUGCUCAUUUCUGCUCUUAUAUCUGUAUUUUGGACUUUUAUUUAGUUUAAAUUAUGAACCGUUGCAUGCCAAGGCAGUUCAGUAUAGACAAGAUGGAUCCUGCCUACCAAAAGUCAUUCCUCACCAAGUCAUUCCUCACAAAUACUCCCUGUUCCUAUGUCUAUUGUUUAUCUGCAAGUAACUAACACUCAUACUGUGUAGUGCUGUUUGUAAGCCAGUCACAUAAUUGCUCCUACACAAACUCCAAUCGUUGUCAUCCUUCCAACUCCAUGGAUGGAAGGAGAUUGAUUUCUUCACCUCCUACCUUUGGCCUUCACUUUCUUGUGGACUUGUACCCUUUCCCAUGCUGAAAAGGAAAACAAAGAGUUAUAGGAAGCAAAGAUAUGGAAUGACAGGUUUAGAUAUUUAGAUAUGGCCCUAAAAAGUCCAGUGUUGGAAUUGGUCAUACUGUCUUGUUCCCAAGAUGGAAUUUUGAUCUCCUACUGGAAUUUGGAAAUGACAUAUUCUCAUCCAUUUUAUAUGUCCUUUGUGGCAAUGUCUAAAGGUGUUUCACAAGUGAUUCUAUCUCUCUUUGGACAUUCUAUUCCUUCUUGUGAUUAGAAUAGAAAGGGGGAGAUGAGAGAAAUAUGCUAGCUCAGCCCCUUACUGCUGUCCUCCCCACCCUCCUUGAAUUCAGAGCAUAUAUCUGCAGCAGGGAGUCUGUUCUGCCCAGAAUUUAUAACCCCCCCAAAAAAAAUCUGGGGUUCCUACAGGGUGGAAAAUGUUCCUUGAUUCAAAGGUUAUCUCUCCGGUGCAUGGAAGGUGAUGGGGAUGGGGUGUGUGUGUGUGUGUGUGUGUGUGUGUGUGUGUGAAGCUAGCAUGUUCAUCCCUGCACCCCUCCUAUCAUAUGAAGGAACAGAAUGCCUGGAUAGAAUGGUACAAUCCUAUACAUUUCUUAUCAAAAGAAAGCCCUGCUGAGUUCUUGGAUUGCAACCUGCUAGUUCGGUGUUAUGCAGAAGUAAAUCCCACUAUAUUCAGUGUGACUAGCUAAAGCCUUGUGUUCUGUUUUUACUUGGAGGGGACCUAAACACCAAAACAGAGAAGUUACACAUUUCAUUUUGUUUCAAGGUGGGAGAGUGGGGAUUCCUUAACGAGUGAAUAUUUCAUGACAGUGGCAGUUUUUCAAGGUUUUGUGGGGGGUUUUAUGAGACAAAUCUGUUACCAGGCAGUAGUAAGGAAUAGCAGUGUGAGGAAUAGCUAUGAAAAGGGGGGGGGGGGGGAAUCACGCUGUCCAAUUGUUAUCUAGUGCAAAAUGGUGCUGCGCUGCUGUAUUGCACGUUUGAAAAGAAAGCUGCACCAAAUCAAUAUUAGUCCCUUUUUAUUAAGACAGAAGGCACCUGCUGUGUGCGUAGAACUCGUGCAACAAACUAGAUAAUGUGGCAAUCUUGUGAAGGCAUAGCAAACAAAAGAGGCAAUGGACUGAAAUAAUGUGAGAAUUACAGUCCUGACUUUAUUACUGAUGUCAAGGGAAACAGUUCUAUUGAUACUGGGGAAUAUUUUUCUAGAUGAAUUUGUUGUUGGUGUUUUAUCUAGUAAUUUUUGUUGGCAUUUUAGUUAAUAUUCAACUAAAUUUCAGUCCUUGACACCCACUUUUUAAUAGUGAAGUCAAUAUGUUAUAUCCAAGAUAGUGUUACAAGGGGUUUUUUGGGGGGGAGGGAGGACGUAGACUAUGCCUUGAAUUCCUUCUAACUCCUGGAUCCAGCAAGUGUUAAAAUAUAAGCCAGGCUAACUUCCUGAUGAGGUGUUUGCCUAGGUGAUGGGCCAUUAUGGGCAACAAAAGAAAGGAGCCCUGUGUGAGAUGAUAAAUCCCCCAACUUGUGGAUAGUUAGGGCAAAGCCAGAAUUUGCAGGGAUGUGGGUAAGAAGAAAAGCAGCAAUCCAGAGAGAGAGAUAGAGAGAGACAGAUAAAGAGAAGCGGAGGAAUAUUUGAUUUCUGUUUGAAUUCAAGGCUGCAACUAUGGGAGAAACAAGACCCUUUUGGGGUGUUAAUGCUGUGAACGCCUCCACCAUAGGCUCAGUGUGUAUAAAUUUGUAAACCAUAUAUUAUAAAGCCACCCGGGGUGCCAAUUUGAAUGAAUUUUUUUGGGGGGUGGGGCAGGUAAACCCUGCCUUGCAUAAUUGAUCACAAGAUGUGACGCAUGCACAUUAUUUGAAUGGCAAUGCGUACCAACUUGGGGGGCGGCUCAAACAUUUUAUGGGGGGGGGGGGCUGAUGUGACCUCGGCCCCUAGGAGUUGGCUCCUAUGAAGACACCACUGUGCCUCAUCCCAAAAGGAAUCUCACACAGUUUGGAGAUCGGGGGGACAUGCAACAAUAUUCAUUCAUUCAUUCAUUCAUUUUUUAAUUUCUAUACCGCCCUAUACCCAAGGGUCUCAGGGUGGUUCACAUAAAAUAUCAAAUACAUAAAAUCAAAACAACAACAUCAAUAACACCCCCCCCCAAAGAGCCAGCAUUUUAAAAAGGGUAUAGGAUGUAGAUCAAGUCAGGCAAUGGCCUGGUUAAAAAUGAACAUUUUUGCCAGGUGCCUAAAGGUGUAUAGUGAAGGCACCAGGUGAACUUCCCUGGGGAGAACAUUCCACAGACAGGGAGCCACUGCAGAGAAGGCCCAUUCUCAUGUUGCCACCCUCCUGACCUCCCAAGGAAGAGGUUCAUGAAGAAGGGCCUCAGAAGAUGAUCUCAGGGUCCGGGUAGGUUCAUAUGGGAAGAGGCGGUCCUUGAGGUAUUGUGCUCCUGAGUGUUUAUGGCUUUAUAGGUCAAAGCCAGUGCUUUGAAUUGGGCCUGAAAACUAAUCGGUAGCCAAUGCAGUCGGACCAGGAUUGGUGUAAUUUGCUCAAACCGUCUUGCUCUGGUGAGCAACCUGGGCUCUGAAUUCUGCACAGGCUGAAGAUUCUGAACCGUCUUCAAAGGCAGCCCUAUGUAUAACACAUUGGAGUAAUCUAACCUUGAGGUUACCAGAGCAUAGACGACAGUGGUUAGGCUAUCCCUGUCCAGAUACGGGAAUAGCUGAGCCACCAGCUGAAGCUGAUGAAAGACACUUAGGGCCACUGAGGCGAUCUGAGCCUCAAGCGACAGCAAAGGAUCCAGGAGUACCUCCAAGCUACAAACCUGCACCUUCAGGAGCACUGUAACCCCAUCCAGAGCAGGAGCUUUGAUAGGAUUUGCAUUGUGUUAAAUAAAUACAUAAAAUAUUAUCUUGCACACCCUGAACUUUGUUUUAGAAGCCUUUCUCCCAGCUUCUACCCCACCUAUUUGUCUAUAGAGGGGAUGUUAACAACCAAGAACAACAAACAAAACCUGUACACAACAAUUAUUCUGAUUUCACCAGUUACAGUAGAAUCAUUACCAGCCUGACUAAUAGAGCUGUGUUUUCAGGGACUGGGAGGAGGAAUGAUUGUGUUUUUUAAAAGUUUGCUUUCAAGAGAGCAAUUCCACAAACAUUGCUGUUGUGUGUAAUUUCCAUUCAUUUCAAUUAAGUUUUCAUGAAUCUUCAUUGCCACAACAAGGAACACCACAUUUUCUUUAGGGAGAAAAUGAGAAAAAUAAAUAUAUGAUCCUGCAGAACUGUAGCAAGUAAAAUGGUAUAGGCUUUAUCUUUUGUGUUUCAAAAUAUGGGAGGAAAAGCCAGAAGUAUAUUUAAUAUUUAUUACAGUACCAAUUUUGUGAGUGUAAAUAAUUUCUUAGGAUGGCUAUCCAUAUAAUAACCCACAUUAUACCAUAUGGUUAGAAUGCCUCUUGAAGAGUUGGGCUGACAAGUCAGAGUGUCUGUUCCCAUAAUUAGACACAAGGGAGAUCACAAUAGCUAUUUUGUAAGCUGCAGCCUAGUCUCUUUUGCAUUUUGGAUUUACAUUUGUUUGUUUUACAGGCUUGCAAAGAUUUUGUGAAGACAUUGAGAUGAUGAUUGGAUUCCAGCCAAGCAAAUUCUGGAGAGUCUGUUGGGCUUUUGUGACCCCGACUAUUUUAACAGUAAGCAUCAGGAAAAGGGGGUUUCGAUUGAGAAGGGAAGACUAUCCUGAAACAUCUGUUUCUUUCUGACACUUUUUCUUCUUCCUCACUGCUAAUCAUGCAAUAAUAGCCGCAACAUCUGUUAGUUAAACCUGCUAUUUUCAAAUGAAACAAAAAGAGAUUUCUACAAUGUAUUUAGAGAACAAUCAUACCCACAUUCACCAAUGGGGGUAGGAUUGCAUGUAUUUAGCUCUCUUCCAGCCGGCAUAGGUGGAGACAAGUGCCACCAGGUGGGUUUUAACUGGGGAGAGGAGAGCUCCACCAUAGCAGGGUGGGGAGAUGUCCUUGUUUUAUUUAGUCAGAUGGAAAACUACUUCCAGCUGUAGCCAAUGGGAAAGCCACUGGGUGUGGUGGAGCAGGGUGUUGUAGCCUUGAACGCACUGGAUCCAAAACCCAUGGAUCCCUGUAUUUGGGGCCUCUCUUCUACACAAGCUUGGAAUUACAGGAAACACCACCACAAUCUUCCACUCUGGCCAGUGCAAGCUGAAAGACUUUGGAGCUGAUGAUGGAUCCAUCAUUCUGCUCCUCUGUAAGGAUUGCUCUGCCAAAUACUGCAGUGUAACUUAUCCAAGCUUCUAGUAUCACGGAAUAAUCUUUAUUCAUUAGAUGGCUGCUUUCCCUUUAUUUCUGAUCCUUGUUUUCUGUUAUUUCAUACAGUGUGUGUGUGUGUGUGCAACUUGUCUAGAUGGGGAUGAUGAGGCACCAAUAAAUUCUCCAAAACAAGCCCUAUUGAAAUGCACUGAAAUGAAGGAACUUGCUCUUGCAUAGCUCCUAUCUAUUUUGAAAUAAAUUUCAGUGGUUGUGCUCGAUGUUCUCACUCAUGCAUUAAUGAACUUAUACUGUGUGCAAGUAUGAACCAAACAAGGAUGCAAAGUAUAUAUAUAAAUAUAGGAUUGUUGUUUUUCUGUUGUAAGCUUCAGUUUCAUCAUAGGUUAAAUGACAGACGCUUCAUAUUGCAGUAGCUGCAGUCCUGUCUGUAGUUAAUGACUUACUUUAACUUAAUACGUUAGGCAGUAUGACAGCUGCUUUGCAGUGAGCUAUCAUGCUGAAAUGGCAAGUAUAUGUAUUUCAGAAUCAUCUGGGUGAGGAAGCAAAGAGGCCCAUGCAGUUGACCUCGCCCAGGUGGUUCCAGUCAGUAGCAGCCAGUUUGCUGGGUCAGAGCUGUCAUCCCAACACUGGUGAUGCUGCAGCUUACCUGGGUGGUGUAAGGUAGAGCCAGGUCAAGGCUGUGUUGAUGCCCUGGCAGGAGACCAGAAUGGCUCUGCUGGUUCAUCCAUGCAGCCAUGACUUGGCAUCACCCUGCCCUGCCCUGCCCUGCCCUGCGGCAUCCCAUCAAGGAAAGCUGCAGCUUUGCUGGUGUUAGGGCAGCUCCACCGUACCAUGCCAGCCCCAGCUGUUUCCAGUGUACAGAAUCUCACCAUGAAUAAGCACCUUACACCAUCACCUGCUCACAUAAUAUAGGGGGAGCCCUAAGUCCUAAGUAUUUCCCACAGUAUUAGCACAGGAAAAGCAGCUGUGUGACACUGGGAGGAAUGAACACAUGCAGCCUAACCAAUGUGAAACUCUGAACCUAAUUGUAUUUGUCAGUUUGGAAAGGGCUAAAAUCUCAAGCUCCAGGUUUGCCAAGGCGCUCACAGACGGAAAUGAGCCUCAUGGCAGUUGAUAGGAGGAGUGCAUUUGAGUAAGCCAUAUGCUUAAAUGCUCUGUUGAACAGAGAUGCCAUCUUUCUAAGAAGUGAACUCGUUUUUUAGGCUGGGUGGAGUAAUGUGUUGCCAAGUAUUCAUUUCUCUCUAGAACAAUGGCUGCUCUCUUAAUCAAGUUCACUUACUGAAAUUGAGUCAUUGUGACAAACCUUUCUAAGUAAACACGGCUUUGCUUUCUGUGCACAGCUAAUGUAUUCCAAUGCAAAGCACAAGAUACAAUUUUUAAAAAAAAUGUUUGUGCAAUUUAGCAGCAAAUGAUUCCUAGUGCCACUAGGUGCCACUCUGUAUCAGGAGCUUCAAUUUUCCAGUGCUAGAUAUAUUCUCUCUCUCUCUCUCUCUCUCUCUCUCUCUCUCUCUCUGUGGUGUGUGUGUGUGUUGUGAGGUGCUAACAGAAAAAGGGAGGGGAAAUCCAUUAAUAUUUCUAUAGUCGUCAAGGUCAAUCUGCAAACUGCUAAACAGUGUGGCACUCACAUUAUCAUCAUUGGGGUGGAGGAAUUGAACAAAGGCAUUUAUUAUAUAAGCACCCAUAAUCACAUAUGCUUCUUGACGUCUCUCCUAUUUUAUUGCAGUUUAUACUUUGAAGUAUUAUGGGGAUACCUUUGCAUUUUAAAACAGAUUAAUAACCAAUUUCAGAAUUCUAAAGAUAGAACGGAAGAGCCGUUUGUUCACAUUGCCUGUAAUCUGAAUCCCCGAGGAAGGAACACCCUACACUUCCUUCUGAACAUGACCCUAUACUAUUAUAUUCUCUUAGCACCUGUUAUUUGCACUGAGAUAAAAGAAUCCUUCAUCACCAUUCUCCACAUCUGAACAGCUUAUUGAAGGUAGAAGAUUUUAAACCCUUUAUGUCCAAGUGUUAGAACCUUUCUUCCCAGACUGAAAGCCUAACUACAACAAUUAAUCCACUCGUUUAAAAAAUCAGUACAUUUAAGCAUUUCUACUGUAGAUUAAAGUUAGUGGUACAAAUCAGAGACACCAUGGGCAAGGGUAUUUGCACAUGCAUACAACUGUUGUGAAUUUUGUCUCUCACCUCUUCCUCCCCCCCCCCACCUCAUCAUCUCUUUGCUUUCUCUUAUGAAUUGGGAACAGCAUGUCUCUGUCAAUAGGUGAUUAUUAUUUUUAUGAGAAAGAAAAAGUGUGAUGAAUGUAAAUGAGUUAGUUAAUUUAAGACCAGUUAAAGUAAUAAGAUGCUAUCUUUGAAAAAUCCCACUAAAAUCCAGGAUAUAUUAAUGCAUGUUAGCAGACAGAAAGGUAGGCAAUAUGUGUGUUCAGAUGCUAUAUUUAAAUAGCUAACAUAAAGGAACACCCUGACCCAGAAAUGGUUAAAAUUUGUAUAGUAUUGUUGCAUAGUUUUAUUCACUUCCUUUUGGAAAAGCAGAGAUGAUUUAGAGGUACAAAAAGACUUUACUAUUCCCACUAAACAUAAAUGACAUGUUGACCUUAUUACCCAGACUCCAGGCACAGGACUGCGAGAUCACAACAUGGAAAUCUUGCCUUUUUUUUUUUUAACUAACUAAAACUAAAUACUUACUUUAAAAAAUUGGUGGCAUUGUCGAUUGCAGAAUUGCAUCAAUAUUGUUCUCCAAAUUUAUUGCCACCUGGACGGCAGCAAGCAAUGCUCCCAGAGUUCAUCUGCUUGCUAUUUACAGAUUGUGUUCUAUAAAUGAAAAACUUUCGGACAAAAAAAUUCCACAAAAUCUAUUUCCUUCUCCUCCUUAUCAUUGGGAUGCUCUUUUGUCCAAGCUAAUGGGGGUGGGGUGAGAGGCCCUGUGUGAUUUAUCAAACAUAAACCAAUCCAGGAGAGAAGAGGUAAUUGCCCUUUUUAUGACACAAUGCACAUAAUUUUGUUUUGAGAGAUUUUACCACUCCAAGACUGGCUUGGAGUAGAAUAAUACCCCACAAAACUACGGUAUAUUUCAGUUUUAGGCUACCCUGUGUUACCACACGUCACUUGCCCAGUCAUUUUAGAUUAUAUAUGAUAUAUUGGUAGGCAGAUGGGGUUGAAAACUACCCAGCAAAACUCAGCAAGGUCAAGGGAUGCCAUUGUUCAGUACUUCAGUGUGAUGUAGUGAAGGUCACUGUGAUUAUCACCAGAUGAAUUCUGGAAAUUUUGGCAGAUUCCAGCUGCAGAAAUCCACAUCUGCCAGGGGUUCUUCCCAUCUCUAAGUCCAGGCAUGUUAUUGGCCUGUGAGAGGAUAAAGCAAAAGACUAAGCUAGCUGGUCAUGGCACUGUAUCUUCCCUAAGCAAGGUGAUUCAGGUGAACUAUGGUUCAAGAUUAGGAACCUAGGAAACUGGCUUAUUCUGAAUCAAACCAUUCAUGGUUCCCAUUACUAAUCUCAUCAACUGUAAUAUGUUAUUCUCAGCUGUAACAUAUCUCUGUAACACGUCUCCAAUAAGCAAAGUUGCUAUCACACAUGCAGAAAAAAAGUGCAGCUGUUUGAAGCAUGGUCUGUCAACCUGCUUUUAGUCCUAUCAGAUGUGACUGUGUAAGGUCCAAAUCUGAUGUUGCAUUGACCUCUUACUGAAAAAAGACAAAAUUCUGGUACCUUGCCAUGGUCCACGGGGUGGAGCCUAAGAGUUCAGGGAUGAAACUUCAUUAGGAAAAGACCUUCCCAAUUGCCCAGGCAUUUUAUAUUAUAUGUGGUUUUUGCAAUUGAGUUCUAUUUGGUUUGUAGCUAUGUUUGUUUGUUUUUGUUCGUUUUGCCUUCUUGUAUUUUGUUAUGCUUAUUUGUUUGCUUUAAAUUGUAUGUUGUAUAGCUGAAUUUCAUUCAUGCUUUAAUACACCAGCCUGAAAUCUUUUGAUGCAUGGCUCAGAAAUCUGAUAAACAAAACAAACAAAAAAAGGUGCAGAUCCUUUUAAAAUGUUCUGCUCAUAUAAGGGGCUCAGCUAUUGUAUAUGCUUCCGCUAAGCAAUACCAGCCACACAGAUUUUCAGAUCACAAUCCAUAUUUCAACUGGGUUACAUUCUCUGGAAAGCAACGAAUGGCCUACACAAAGAACAGAUUUCUCCACAAAGUUAGCUAUAUCACAGUUCAAGUUGUGUGUGCGCAACAUAUGAUCCAGGAUUUAUGUGUAAUGUAGGAAACACACACACACACACAGAGAGAGAGAGAGAGAGAGAGAGAGAGAGAGAGAUGAACAUAGCUGUCAACUUUCCCCUUUUCUUGCGAGGAAUCCUAUUCAGAAUAAGGGAAUUUCCCUUAAAAAAAAGGAAAAAAGUUGACAGCUAUGGCUAUUAAUUAUACCAGGAGUGGUUGGUGUCCUAGUUGCUUCUUUGUAACUGGCUGAUGAAUGCUUCUUGCUCCAACCUCUUCUAUUCCUGAGUAGGUGCUGAGUCCUGUUCUGGUGGCAGAGAUAGGUUGCAUUGCAACCAGACUGGCAGCAAACUGAAAACUACAAGCAGGUUGGAUUUGCUUUAUUAAAGGGCUGCCCCCUCUAUCUAGCCCUGUGAGGUGUCUGCCAUUUGACUCAGUUGCUGCCUGCCACGUGUCCGCUAGGCACUGACCUCCUCCCCUCGUUGUCCUCCUCCUCUACCUCCUCCCUGCCACCAUUGCCUCUUGUAGGUGCAAGUGAAUGAGGCUACCAGCAGAGGCAGCUUGCCUUCUCCACUGCCUACCUUCUUGUCCUUACCUCCUGGCCUGCUCACCACCUGCAGUCCUCAGCAGUAAUAGCAUCAGUUUAAGUGAAUAACAACAUCAGAAAAAGAAAUAAUAAUAUGGGGGUAGAGGGGAUUACAAAGGAAACAAAAUAGCCUUUUCCACCCUUGUCCAACAGCAGGGAAAGAUUCCCAGAUCCCCUAAUGUGCCUCGUUCAUUUUUGUUGACAUGAAGCUGCAUGUAUCUCCCCACCCCUUUUUAUUAUUAUUAGGAUUGUUUUAUAAAAUUGAUGAAUGUUAGAAAAAUGUUGGAACAAAAUUACUUGGCUCUAGCAAAAAUGUUUAAAGAAUUAGGUAAGAAUAUUAUGGUUAUGAGAAGUUGGUAAAAAUAAGAUUUAAGUUUUAAGUUUUAAGGUUUUCUAUAAGAUAAGAUGAAAAUAGAUUAAGGUAAUGUAAUGACAGAAUAUUAUGAAAUAUGGAAAGGAUUUGCUGCGAUAAUUAAUAACUAAGAUACAAAAAGGGAGGAGGAGGAGGUCAAAGAAAGAAGGUAAUGAAAGUUGAGGAUUCGAGAAUGAUGGAUUUGUUUUUAUUUGUUUGUGGUGUAUUUUUGUUUUUUGAAUCUGCAUUGUUUGAUGUGGUUUGUUUUCUCUUUGUUUUCUCUUUUUUCUUUUUCUGCUGUGUUUUUUUCUGUAAUUUAAAAUUUUUUCAAUAAAUAUCAUUUUUUUAAAAAAAGAGAGAAGGCACUGCCCAACUCUUUCUCUUCCAGCCAAAAUCUACCCCUUUUCUGCUCAGAAUCACCCCUAGGUCACUGUCCUACCUAAGGGAAGAAAGAUACAGUAUGCAACAGUAACAUGUGUGGAGUUCUGUUUAUAACAGAGGAAGUUUUUCACACUGAUAAACAUGCAUAUAGUGCUUUACAUAAGACUGGGAGAAAGCCAACCUGCGUCUUUCUUGUCUUUGUCUUUGUUCAGACUAAUAUUAGAUGUAACUAACAUUUGCUGUAUAGGAAUAGUUAAGGUUGCUUUUAAAUGGAUCUACAUCUCACGAGUUGUCAUUUUUUAUAUAUGCAUUAAUGGCAACAGUGUUAUAAACCUGUGUUAAAUUAUGGUAAAUGUAGGCAGUUCAUAGAUGUUACUGAAUUAUGUACCAGCAGAAGCAGAUGCAUUGCUCUAUAUACAGUAAGUGCAAUGAAAUAAUAAUACAAUUACAUUCAGUGACACUGCCAAUAGAUUGCAUAAUAAAGUUUUUUACUGUAGGUACAAAGUUUUGGUCUCAUUCCCACAUGUAAAUAUAACUUGAUUCCAUUGAUGUCUGUGGAAUUAUGCUAGGUUUACACUGGUACAACAGAGGCUCUGAUCUGAUUAUAGAAGUAUAUUUAUUGUAGCAUAAUGAUAUGGACUGUUUAUGUGCACUCAUACCGUUUCAAAUUGUGUGUGUGUGUAUAUAUAAUGUACUCAUACAUUUUGUACAGUUUGUAUCCAAGUGUGUUUGCUGAUGGUGUUUUUUGUUUGUUUACCAGUUCAUCCUUUGCUUCAGCUUCUACCAGUGGGAACCCAUGACUUAUGGCAGCUACCACUACCCAGGCUGGUCUAUGGUACUCGGAUGGUUGAUGCUAGCUUGUUCUGUUAUCUGGAUUCCUGUUAUGUUUGUGAUAAAAAUGCACAUAGCUCCUGGCAGAUUUAUUGAGGUAAGUCUUACACCUUCUCUUUCAUUUUUAAGGACAUAGGAUAAGUUUGGCAUCUCACAUAUUUAAACCAGUUUCAAAAACAAUGCUUAGAAAAGGAAAAGAAUCACAUCCCAUUAACAUAAUAAUGAUUCAGCACUGAUGGAGUGGGGAUGGUACACAUUGACUUAGAAUAUAUUGUUGCACACAAAUUUUCAAGCAGUGUGAGAUUCCUGGGGUUCCAGGCCCUUACCCAAGGGUUUGGUUUCCAUGGAAUGAGGGACAGCGGAGAUUAUGAUGUCUUUAUGGGAUUUGGUUUAUUUACACAUAUAGACAACCUGAUCCUACAAUGGAGAGGAUCACAACAUUAACACCCCAGGCCUUGCUUCUCUCAUAGCCACAGCCUUGGAUUCAAAUAGAAACCAAGCAUGUCUCUGUCUCUCCAGUUUCUGCCUGCUUCUAGCCCCCUAACACACAUGAACACCCACUUCAACUCUGCUCCAUGUCCUUUUUCCUUACAGCCAGGUGAGGUAGGGGCCAAGCUGUUUGUCGUCUGGCACAAAGCCACUUCCUUUUUUACCCUAACAGCCCAUAAUUAGAGGGGCAUUAGCUCACCAAGCAGCUGGCCUGGCUAGUCCAACAAUUGAAUCUUUGCUGGACCCAGGAAUUAGAAAGGGUUUGGCAUAUAGCCUAACCGCCCAACUCACAACAAUAUUUAAGGGCCUGUUCUAUUGACAUAAUGGAGUCAAGUUGAAAGAUUUUAGGCCUAGUGGAUGAGGCAAGACACUCCACAGUCCGAACUGUUGUUGAAAUGGUGUAUGUAAACUGCUUUGAAUACUUGAAAGUACUAUGUGUUCAAUAAUACAUAAAAUUGCAAGUAAUAAUUGCACUAGGCCCAGUUUCUGGGGAUUAUCAUUUUUUUUUCUUUCAAAAUAAGCAUACUGUAUAGCAAACAUAGCUUCUGAGUUAUCAAGUAGUGACACAGCAAAGCAAUAAAAACAAGAGUUUAUUGUUUUGUUUUGAUUCUUCUGAACUACCUGUAAAGUGAGUUAAAACCUAUACUAAAACCUAUUGCAUUUUUCAGGCUGCCACCCCUUCUUUCUCAAGUCAGUAACUUUGUUCAUCAAAUUCUAACCUUAAGAGCUUGCGUAUUCAAAAAAACCUGCCAUCACUUCUUCUUUUAAAUAAUAUUACCCAAAGUAGUGCCAAAACAUUGCAUCUUGUCUGAAAGGAAAUUAUUUCACUGAAGCAGUUAUUUCAUUUUCAGCACAGUAGCUGGAGUUACCCAGUUCAUUACAGUCAAUUUGGGAGGCAAAGGUUGCAAGCUGGUAAUUAAGCAGAAAUUAAAAUAACUGAUAUGGAGGCUUGAUUCCCUUUAAUAGGCAAUAAACAUAUAAUUGUUCCCUUUUAAACCAUCAUAAAUAUGUUUUUCUUUGCUUUUUUCUAUAUAAAAUUCACCAGUCAAAUUAUUUAUCUUUAACAAUGACUUCAGUUUUUAAUUGUCUGCAUCUUUGCAGAAUUAACUCAUUGUUUCCCCUCCACACAUAGUACUAAAAUAAUUUGUGAUCUGAUAAUUAAAAUAUUUGCAUAGUCUUGGCACUGUAUUACUUUUUGGUCAUCUGUAUACUUUGGGGAAAUUUGCUAAACAAAAAUCCAAUUAUUUUCAUGCAGCAACCUACUGCUUAGAUGAUUGGGCUACAUAGUUGAGCACAUGUCCUUUGGUGUGUGAAUUUGGUGAAGGGUGUCUGUGACUGUGAGUUGUUUUCAUGUGCCUGAUUUUGGGGACACAGGAGAGAGAGAAGAUGCAGAAGGCCGGAUAAUUAAAACCUGAAUGCUUUUUUCUACUAGCCUUGUGGAAAACAAACACUGAAUGGCAGAGUAUUGUGAUAAUACUGUGCAGUGUAAUUAACAUAUCAUUAAUUUCACCUGAUCCUGAUCUGCUUUCUUUAACUUUUUUAAUUCUCCUCCCUCCUGCAAAUUCUAGAGGCUCAAGUUGGUCUGCUCUCCACAGCCAGAUUGGGGACCAUUUUUGGCUAAACACCGUGGUGAACGAUACCAGAAUAUGAUAGACCCACUGGGAACGUCUUCCCUUGGACUUAAACUGCCACCGAAAGAUUUUGAACUGGAGACCCAGUGCUAGUAAUUCCCCCACUUGUGGCUAUGUUGUACAGCCCAUUCCUUCUUUCUUUCUUUCUUUCUUUCUUUCUUUCUUUCUUUCUUUCUUUCUUUCUCAUUGUCCCUUUUCCUCCUCACAGUGCCUGAAAGUGGUUGCUUAGAAAGUAAGAUAUACCGUUGCAUGCUUGUAGUAAAGAACUAGAUAGACCACUUUAAGUACUGGGUUGGGUUUUUACACACAGUGGUGCCCAGGAAGAAAUGCAUUCAUUGUGAAACAGUGACAAUCAGUCAGUUGCUUUGGGAAAUUGCUUCUGUGAGCGCUGGGCCAAUCCUACUCUUUCACACAAAUAGUUUUUGUUCUGUUGCAGUCAUAUGAGUGGGAUACAGGUUGCUGGCACCAUCUGGGAACACCAUGAGCACUGCCUGUGGUUUAGUUUUGCUGACAGACAAGUGGGUUGGCAACUAUAUGUUGUGCUAGGCAGAUACAUCCAUAGUUACCAUCUUACUGUUGGUUUUCACAAAAAAGUGAAUGUGUUACCAAAACAACCAUCUAGUACAGAAGUACCCAUAGCCUACUUUCAUGACCUGCAAAAACCCGGUAAAUAUAGGGGCUAAAAUGGCGGGGCAAAUUUACUAGGUUUGCCUGAGUGUGGCAGAGUCACAACAAUUUGUUUUCCUGCUCUGUGGUUAUUGAUUUUAAAGGACAUUAAAUUAGGCCUGGGAACCAUCUCUGGACCAAGUGUCUUAAUAUGUAAAAUUAUUGGAAUACUACAACUAAGUGGUUGGGCUGCCAUUUUGGCAAAUCCUUUUCAUAUCUAUUUGCCCCAGCCUACAACCACCCUAAUAUCUUAAUGGAAUGUGUGGCCAUAACUGGAUAUAUAGCUAGGACAAGAGUCAGGCCUAGUGGCCUAUUGAUCCUGUUCCUUACCAAACCUAACAUGCGGGCAGCCCUGAAACUUGCUAUCUUAGACCCAGUCGGGCCAAAGUCUUUCUCAACCUGAGAUCUCUUUUUAUGAGCAUUCUGAGGUUUGUACCUGGAAUAUCAUACACAAAAACAUGUGCUCUCUAAAUUAUGGCCCUCUUUUCCCUCAUCCUGCAGUUAUUCUGCUUCACACACAAGCUGGAAUUGGUUGUAUGAAACAAUUUAAAAUUGCAGGAUGCAGCUGAGAGUUAGUAUGCAAGAUAUGGGACUAGAUUCCUACCUCGGUGAUGCCAGAUACGAAAGUGGAAAGACUCCCCUGAGUUUGAAUUGAAUCUUCCAGCAUUUACACCAUAGGAGCUGAAUACGGCCCACUGAUUCUGCCAACAUGUCUUCCAUUCAGUGGCUGCUAGUUACAUUGGCACUAGCAGAGCUGCUUUGUAACGCAUACAAGGAGACAGCCUUUCAAUAUAGUGCACUAAUAUAAUAUGAUACUUGGCAUUGGUGUGGAGAGAGAUUAAUGAGCCUUUCAGGCUCUUUUAAAGGUGUGUGUGUGUGUGUGUGUGGAGAAAAAUAAAAUAAGAGCAUGAUGUUGAAUACUGUGGGAGACAAAGCUGUAUCUCUGUUUUGAAAUCUGAUGCAAGAGAGUGCCAGGCUGAGGCAGAUGGGCACCCCUGUCUUAAUUUCAUGCAUUUCAAUUAAUACUCUACUAGGUUUUUAUUUCUGUUUCAUCAAAAUGCCUCAGUUCUCAGUAUUUUGAAAUAUCUUAAUCAUUUUGGCAAACUGAAGAGAGGGAAGAAAACGCAAGUCCUCAUUUUAGGUUUGUCUCAAACAUGUUUUCCUUGCUUUCCACUCUUCCGUUCACACUCUCUCCUUCUCAAGAAGCCAUCAUAUAAUUUGUGCCUAAUUUUAUAUUCUUACAAUAGUAUGUAUAUCGUAGCUUCUACAUAGAAAACAGUUGUUAGCGUUUAGCUCUGUAGAUCAUCUGUGUCUUUUGCCCCUGCUAUUUUCUUACAAAGUUCUUUAUACAGCCUUUCGAUGUAUUCUUCUCUUUCAGCCAGCAGGGUGAGUGAAGUACCUGAACCCUGAAUUUAGUCUAUAAAAUUGUUGCUAUUAAUAAUUGUAAAAUAAUUAUUACUAUAUACAACGCAUAACUUUUCAAAGACAAAUUCUUCCUCAAAACAACCACCUUGAGGUGUACAUACUUUGCUUUUAUACCCCUCCUCCCAAUCCACAGUUAUUCCAAACUCAUAUGCCAUUAACCACCACCACAAGUUGCAGUGGUAUAGGGACAGUCUAAAACGAGAAAGAGCGAGAAUUGUGUUUCUUGGACAUGCCACCCAUAAGUGUGUUACUGCACACAGUACACCCCAUAGCAUUACGCUGCAACAUGUGCAGUGAUGUACAAGUAUUAAUCUUAAAGUAGUUUUAAACCUAACAACUAGAUUGAAAAUAGAGCUUGUAAGAAUACAUUCAACAAAUGCCAUAGAAAUAACCCUUGUUUGUAUUGUAUAUGCACUAUACAUGAGGGAGAAAAAUAUGUCUUAAAUAAUUGGCAAAACUGUAACCUUUAGUAUCCUCUUGUAUCCUAUACAUGCAUAUAUGAGGUUUUUAAAAGUGAUUGGUGUUCCUGUAGUGUGUACUAGUGCUGUUAUAUGUCCCUAUAAAAUAUCUUAGCAACCAGUGUAGAGAUGGUGAGUUUUAGAGUAGUUUUGCCUGUUUCUUUCCCCCUCCUGGUGUUUGUAGUAGCCAAUCUAAUCGUACUUUCUUUCAGGGGACUGUUUAUAUCAUAUCUUUCCUUUUGCCUGUCUUCACAUUACAGGGUCUCAGGUAAAUCUUGAGUUAAAAGCUGUGUUUUGUAGAUGUGCCGUUUUCAUCCUGUCGGGUGGGUGGGGAAGUUUUUAAAAUGGAAACUAAAAUGACAUAAACCUUAACGUGUGUUUUAAAAUAUUUAAGUGCAAUCCUAUGUGUGUCUACUCAGAAGCAAGCCUCACGGAGUUCAAUGGGCCUUACUCAAAAGUUAAAAAUGUUUCAGAUUGUAGCAUGCAUAUAUAAACAAAACUUUGGGGAUGAUCCAGCCACAGUUAAGUACUUCCCAUUGAUUUCAACGGAACAGUUUAAAAUCCUGCUUAAACGGUUUCCACAGAAAUAACCAGUUAUAAGAGUGUGCUUAAUGGUGGCUGGAUUGUUGCCUAGAAUCAUUUUGCUGAACUUUCUCUUCCAUGGGGCAAAUAGUGUUGCCAGUUCUUUGCUGCUGAAAGACGACUAUGAGUCCUUGGGCAGCCAACAUGAAGCACAAAUUGCCAUCAAUUGGAAUGGAAAAUAGAUUUUUAAAUAUUCUGUCUGCCCCAUCCCUUUAUUAGUUAGAUAAGCACAAUCUGCUGAAAACUUCUUUAAAUGCUCCUAUGAAAUAAUAGGGCAUGUGUGAAGUCUCUUUAAUUCCAAAAGGUGAUGUUUCAAGAUGUUGUGUGUGCCCUUAGAGAGGUCUUCAUUGGUUCCCUUCUGUCUUGAAAAGGUGACUGUGAACCUUCCACAAAAUUAACCUGGAUUAUUUCAGUGCUGGUGGAACCAGUUGCCAGAUGAUUCAGUGGGCAACUGCUACAUUCUGGCAUUCAUUUCUUGUCUGAGCUGUGUUUUGGAGACCCACCUGUUGCUCUUGGCAAAAAUAAAUUUCAUAAACAGGAGUUAGAAAUUAGCCUUUUACAAACAAAAUAGUUUGAAACAGAAUGGUAGGUAAAAUGAAACAAAAUCAACCAGUACUGUCUUGAAGAAACCAGUUUAUAUCAGGAUAAUUUUAUAUUGUGAUAUGUUUACCUUUCUGUUAACUUUGUUCUUGUAACCCAGUCCAAAUCCAUAUACUGCAUGUUGGUGCACAGAUUUUAUUUCUGCAACAUUUUAUUAGUAUUUUAAAAACUUGCUAAUCAUGAACUCUUCUAAAAUAGCAUUCAAGGCAACAUACAAAGUAAAAUAAUGAUCAAACGAAAACAUCAGCUGAAAACCUUCUGCAAGCCUUUUGUAGAGGGAAACUGAAGAUUUCUGGAGUAAAGUAUGUACUACUUUACAUUGUAUUAAACAUAUGUACAACUGCAAUAGUAGUCAAAAGACUAAUAGGAUAUGUAAUUUAGAUAUAGAACCCCAAAUAUACAAGUUCUUCCCAUUUUCUCCUGCAAGUGGGAAACAUGUCCAAGCCUUUUGGGAUGGGCUAUUUCACAUGCUUUGAAUACAGGAAGUCCCUUGCUGCAUCCUUGACAGACAGGGGAUCCUCUUGCACAGCCACUGCCUGAGCAGGCAACAGAAAGCUAGAUGGACCAAUGAUCUGACUCAGUAUAAGGCAGCUUUUCAUCUUAAUAUAUUUUCUAUUGUGUUGCCCAAGUAUUACUCUUUUCAUGGAAAAAAGUAGGUAAUCCUUCUUGCCUAAUACUUUGGGUUCAUAAACUGAACCACAGCAGUCGAUGUGGAAAGUAACCAUGGUUUCCUACAAUUUAGAAUGAAUAGGGCACAGCCCUGCCAAAGUUAACCCCCCCAUCCCAUUGAUUACACUGAAAAACCUAAUCACAUGAUUACAUUUUUUCCAGGUUCAAUUUCAACUGAACUGUGUCUUAAUAUUCCACUUAAAGUUCAUUUAAAAAAGAAAACCUGUUGCAGCCCUUUUGCACAUUUGUUCAAGAACAAGCACCUGGAGGUUUGUAGCCUUACCAAGCCCUUUCACGCAUCCCUUUGCUAAGACAUUUUUGGCUGAACUGAAAUAAACUGGUGACCUCAAAACAUGGCUGGUAGAGUUAGGGCUGAAUCAUGUAACCACCUGAGCACUCGCCACUUGAAAAGCUUUUGUGAGCUGUGCACAACCAGAACCACAUACACAGGAUCCAGCAUUUGGCAAGCACUAUAAAAAUAUGUAUGUGCCGGUGUGUGUGUGAGAGAGAAUCUUGCUGGUUGUAAAAGCUUAUAGGCCACAAGCAGCUAGCCAAUAUGUGCAAACAUUUCAGAUGAUUUUGAAGGGCCACUAUGACUCUGAUAAGUCAUAUAAAUUGGCACUUAAUGCUGUAGAAAUUCAUACAGCUAUUCUGAAAUACUCAGCUGGUCUGGAGAACUGCAGUGUGCGUAAUCUGGAGCACAUGUAUGCCGAAGGAUACAAAUAUUACUUGCUUGCUUUGUACUGGUUUGUGGGAAAUGACUAUUUUUGAAUUCACCCUAUUUUACAAAUGGUAGCAAUUUUCCAUUGAAUCUGAUGGCAAAAAUCCUCUUGAAAGGAAAGCUUCAGUUGAGGGCGCUGAACAUGAGCAGUCUAAUUUUAGUUUCUGCCUAGUGCCUAGGGUACAGAAUCUAUAAAUUUUUUAAAAAGAAAAUCAGUCUUCACUGAUCUAGUCGUUUCAAUUAGAGCAAAAGCAUUUGUUCCCUUUUUAAAUGUAUCAAGCGCAGUAUUUCACUUUUAAUCUACAAAACAAAACUUGGUUAUAUGAUAAUCAAGCACAUGCCAUACCUGUGUGGAGUGUCUAGUAGUUAUUGCACUUAUUUUAUGAGCACUUCCUGAACAUUAAAGUAUUUUAGUAACUGUAAUUUU